ACCAGUGGAUAGGAAAGCUGAAAAAGAGGCGGACAACCGAUCCGCACAAUGAAAAUUAGCACACCUCCGGUGUAGGUUUUAUCCACAGAGGUCGCUUGUUUGUUCGUUUGUUAUCUCAGCAGGCUCAGAGCCCACUGACAGCCUGUGUCUGGUGAACAGAGCAGCCGUGAGAGGUCCGAAAAAACCCCAAAGAGCGAGGAUGUUGGUCCCCGCGGGAAGAUAAUGAAGAGGCUGCGCGUUUUGUUGGUGUGCCUCAUCGCAGCUCUUCUGUGCUGGUAAGCUCAGCCUGACACAUCCAUCACAAACCUUGAUAACAUGUUAGACAGCCGCAAACAUACAAACAUCCAAACCUUGUCUAAUGUAAAGAGCUCUGUCUGUCUGUGGCUUCGCUCUGUGUCUUUUUGCCGCAUGAUCUCCGUCAGUCAUCAGUAUGAAGGGACAUGCCACACCGCUAUCAUUACCAACCAGUUAACAUAUUAUCAGCUUGUUAACUUCGCCGCCAGAUAAGAUGUUCGGUUUAACUGUCGCCGUUAAAAAAAGAAUAUCGACGCCUUUUUUAUUCGUUAAUGUCUUAGCUGGGAGCUCAGUGGUUUUAGUAGGUUAGUAGGUUAGCUAGCCAGCUGUUGAUUAGCGGCGCAGCUAGCCAACCUGAAGCAUAGGAGGUCUUUUCACAUUGUUCGAGGGGGCUGCUUACGCUCAGCUCUACAAAAACAUCCUUGACACGAUGUAUAUGUCCAGGAUCAUUUUAAAAAUUCUGUCAAACAGUCAAGUCCAAACUAAUGUCUUUGAGGCUCUUGUGAGGAACUUUUACUUUUACCUGUGUUAGUUUUUGCCCAUGCUUUAAAUGUCUGCUGACUAAAAAUCUCAUUCUUUGUCACUUUUAAUAGCCAAAUCGUGAACAUUUCAUUCAUUUAUUACUAGUUUGCGACAUUAAAAACGAACAUCUAAAAUGGUCAGAGUAGUUGCUGCCUGUCAGUCUUGUUUGCUUUUGUAUAUAAUGAAAAUGCAUUGAUAUAAAUUCCAUUCUAUUGUAUCAACAUGAAAAAAACUUCUCAUAGGAGCUUUAAAUUGUGUUUUGAGUCUGAGCAAUAGAUGUUAACCUAAAGUGGCUCAUGUGGAAAUAUGAUAGUAAACACAGACAAGCAGGUAAUCCCUUGCAUUUAUGAAUAUCAGUGCUUAUAUAUAUACAUUUUAUCAUAAAAAAAAGACAACUAUUCAAUAGUGUUCAAUGUGAACCCUUAUGUUAAUGCACAAUGUAAACAGAAUAAGAUAUGUGAGUUGUAGGGAUACAGAAUAAUUCCUGAUAUAUGGCUUCCUACGAAAAUUACAGCACAAUACAGCAAUUGUGUGAUAGCUGAUAAAUUGCCAAACACUUUAUAUAUCACAAUAUCUCAUAAAGUGGAGAUUACUAUUGCCUCUAAAAGGCGGGAGCACAGGUCAAAUGUCAAUAGCUCCACCAUGAGGAGGCAUGAGGUAGUGACGCUGUAAGUCAAUUCAGAGAUUAUGCUUCAAUUAAAAUGUUAUUUUUGCCCCAGCAUCUCGAUGAUUGUGUUGCACACAUUAUCAAGUGUCUGCAGAGCCAGAAGCUUCAGUAUCAGGAUCGUCAUUAACAAACUGCAACUCCAGCACUGUUGUGUUUGUUGCGACCAUGCCAUUCAAGACGGGGAAUGUGAUUCUUGCACUCGGUGAUACUGUUCAGUUACUUUCCGCUGUGCUCACACACACAGGGUGACAUCUGGUAGAUUAACACAAAUUAAAUGUAUUUGUUUAAUCUGGGUGGCACGGAGCAGGUAACAAAAUGCAGGGUUUGUGAAAUGGGAUUAACCUACCGGCAAACAUGCCACCAUUAUCCAGACUGGUUACGCAGGAGCAGAUAAACACUCAGGCAGUCCUGCUGGAAGUUACUCCUCUAAUCUUUUUACCCUGAAGGCGACUCAAUAUUUUUACUCACAAUAACUGGUACCAUUCAAAAAUAUGCAGAUUUGCACUUUGGAGGAUUCUUAGUCAAAGAAAAUAACAUCUGGUACAUUCAAUAACAAGUACUGUAUCCUCCAGAUGUAAUGCCUUGAUAACUGCCUUCAUGAGUAUAUUCCAGGAAAUCAUAUCCCCAUACCUGUGUUACCUAUACUCUGCGAUCUACAAUAAAAUGAUAGGCUUAUCAUUCAUACUUGAAAUAUGUUGUUAUUAAAGUCUGAGCCAUUGCUGUAUUUUUCCUCCUUCCUUAGUGCUCAUGUUUCAAGUAUGAGGUUAUGAAACACCCUCAUUAAUAAAUGAAACUGAGCACAAUCUGGUGUAGUUCUUAAACACCAUCCAUGUUCAGGAAAGAGAUGCUAACUGGUUCUAAGUGAUAUAGUCAAAGAAAAAGGAGCCUUCAUCAUGGAAUUGUAGAGUUUGACUAUGAUUGAUUGUGUUUUUGACCCUUAAACCUUUGUUUUUCUGAGGAAUGAUCACAUUCUUAUAGAUAAGAUUAUUUCUUAAGAGUGGGAGUAUGGCUGAGAUAAGAUUCAGCGUACCUUUCUGUCCCUAUAGCAGGCAAACAGAGAACAGGCUGCUGCUCUGUGUCUCCUGCAGACUGAGGUAUCCACAUGUUCAUGGUCAGGCACAGAAAAUCGGGGAAGUAUCAAGUUAUAUUUUAACACAUGAAUAAAUUAACCUUUACUGCAGCGAGUUGUUGUCAUCACAGCCUUGAGUGUCAGGUGUUGUUUACUCUCUUAAAAACCUCACAGCACAUUUUCACUGUCCCUCUAACUAACUAAUGACCAUACAUCAGCAGGCUCAGGCCUCAUUACUAAUGCAAACACUUUUUAGUGUGCUGCUGUCGACUUCUCACUCCUCCGUGCAAACUGUCACACAUCCCAACGAGAGCAGAGAAUCGGGGAAUGCAGUCCUCGCACUAAUCUGAAGGUUUCCCAGCAGCAGAAAGGGGCUCUGUGUGAGGAGGCAGCCUGCUGCUGCUCAGGCUGCGUGGGGUUUUAAUAACCGUGGGCUACUUGCAUGCUGAUGUUUGGACUUCCGGUGCAGACUCCAUGUUUCUGUUUAUUAAAAGUCUCUGUAUUUUACUAAGAGACUGCUGGAGCUGCACAGAUCUCCGUGCUGCAGAGCUCACACACAGCAGAGUGUAUCCUGCGAGUUGUGCAACAGGGCUCCUACUGUGUGUUCGGUAUGCCAGCUCAGCUCACUGCUUGGUGUUUACACCAGGAUCACAGAAGAAACUGUGCACGUGUAUUUGAGCAUGCACUUUUCACUGUAAUGAUAGUUUAACACACACACCCACUCUUAGUCCUUAUUUAGGUCUUAAUUUCAGCGUCCCGAUGUCUGCUGAGAGUGUUUUUAAAUGCUCUUACUGCAGAACUUACUAUUGAACGAUCUUUGGAUAUCUGCCCUAUUUCUCCGCCAGUUUAAUUUAUACAGCAGAAAAAAAAAUCUGGACAUCUUGUCAUCAGCUCACUCUGUCCCAGUAUCUUAGGCUGAUUCUGUUCACAGCUGUUUAAAGAUAGUUGUUAUGUAACACGAUAAGCACUAAUGAGAUAACACAGCAGCCAGUUGACAAGCUGGACACUCAGUUUAGUCUGUGGACACUUGGACUGCAACCAUGAUCAUCAAUUGAUCAACUAGGUGAUUGGUUGAUCAGUGGUCAACAAAUAUUUGAGUGUUUCCUAAAGCACAAGACUGCACCCUCCAAUGUCUUAUGUCGUAAGAGUAAAGGAUAUGGCGUCCAUAACUUCCAAAAAGAUGUCAGAUUUUGAUUGGUCACCACAGGACUGUUUAUAUUGUUCAGCAUUAAUGGAGUCUUCACAGAUGUGUAAGCGACCCAUGAUUUGGACACUUAUGAUCCUUAUACCAUCAGGGAUGCUGAAAGCUGAAAACAAGCCGAGUGGUCCCUCUACUCUUUAGAGAGGAUGAGGCAGUGUCCAUCAUUUCCAAAAAAAAAAGUGAGAUUAUUAGGACAGUUUCCCCCUUCUCUCACUCCAUCUUAAAUGGGCUCAGGUCCAGAAAGGUUUCUGGUGUUUCUGGAUCAUGUUUCUAUCUGGUUUCCUCCAUAGCAAGGAUUCGAUCUGCAUUUGUAGAUGAAGUGAUGAACUGUGUUCACAGACAAUGGUUUUUGGAAGUGUUUUUGACACUCAGGAACAUUAUUCUGAAACUAUUGAACUAUCAGGUCUUUUAGUCUCUCUGAAUGUCCUUUUCAUACCCAGUCAUGUUACUAAUCUGUUGUAAAUUAACCUCAUUAGUUGGAGAUGUUGCACUUUUGAAUGCAACGUAGGCUUUAAAUGAUUUGAAAACUGUCAACACUGCAUCCCAACCUUUUGGGAAAUGGGGUUGGCUUACCUUGACAGUUUAUUAAUGUUGUUUUUGUUUUGUUUAUGAUAUGGUAAAUUUGUUCUAAUCUGGCAAAGUUCUUAGAGUAAGUGCAGGUGUGAGACAGUUCUCCUAGUCUGGAUGAGUGUUUUUCUGUGAUAGACUGAUCUGCUGCUGUUUCCACUGCUUUAGAUUUUGUGGUGUUGGUUGAACUUUGUAUUUUAACAUCAGUCCAGUGAGAGAGCAGCACAGGACUUUGCUUGUCCAACCUGUUUCCUUGAGGAUCUAUAGGGUAUGUUGGUCUAUAGGGGCUGUCUGUGCCGGGUCAGGGUUUCCCAACUCAUUGCCUCAGUUGUUGAGCAAUCCUCUGUGAGUAUGUGUCACAAUGCAAACAUUUAAGCUAUAUAGUUAACACGUGAGUAAGCAGAACUCAGUCAAGUAAAGACUCAAGUUUACUCUCUUUUCACACAGUUAGUGAAGGUCUGAAGAUAUUUCAGGACUCUCCCUCUGACUGACUGUGUCCUCUGGAGUUUGCUGAAGGGCACACGAGGAGCUGGAGGACCCUCAUUAAAAUAACUGUGCUCUCUCACGUUGUAAAAGUUCCUUUUUUCGGGGCACUUGUUACAUAAGUGAGUCUUUGUUGUGUUGCCCUUGUGCAUCAGUGUCCAGAGGGUCUGUUACCACUUGCUGUAUUCACGUUUGCACAAUUUCUCAGAUUUUCAUGGAGACCUGCACAUGCAGUGGCUACAUUAUUACCCAGACUUUACCCUUUACUUUUUCCUGCCAACACCAAAGCAAAAGUUCUGCAAGAUUGAAGUACUGUUGUUUGGAAUAAAAACAAGCUUUAACUCUGAUAUUUCCAGGGACAGGCAGUGUUGAAGAUUUCCACAAAUUUUGAGGGGUGAUCUGUGAAAUGGCAUCGUGAUAAUGAGGCUUGUGUUUCCCACCAGUGGACACUCACUGUCCCUGAAAGGUAUCAGACACAAAGAGAGCUCUGUGUUUUCUUGGCCUCGGCAGCCAUGAACCUGGAGGUGAAAUAAAAGAAACAGCCUGCCUCAGGGGUCGGCCAUGUUGCCGGCUGUGGACGUUACCUUCAGUUCAGCACCUGCAGGCUUUUCGACACAUCAAGCCGCUUUCUUUGUGGUGCUGUCAAUCAAGGAGGCUGUCGUCUUUUACUGCAAACGUGUCUACCUCUUAUGAGCUCUGUGUUCAAAAGACAGUUAAGUUGAGGGUUUCUGCUGCUCUUUAUAAUGUGAAAAUAGAUUUUAAUGGAGGAUUCCUCUUAUUGUUCAUCUUAAACAACACACGUCUUCUCUAUUUAGCUCACUUGGUGGUAAAAACACCGGAACUCAUGGUGGAAAGAACAGCAAUGCAGGUAGGGGUGUCCCGAUACGAUAUUUAUAUCGGAUAACGGUUCGAUAUCAGCCAAAAAACAAAUAUCAGAUUAUAUCAGCCUGUAUCUAAAGUCUUCGAUACAGGCAGUCCAUUCCAGAUUCUACUAUGGCACCUCUAUCUAGCAGCACCUGGAUGCAGAGUCUAAAGUCCGAAAAGACGUUGCACCUGAGUGAAAAACUUGUCAUGCAAAUGUUUGUGCUAAUAUCGGAUCAUUAUCGGUAUCGGACAAUACUGAAGGGUACAAUAUCGGUAUCGGAGGUUAAAAAGUUGUAUCAGGACUCUCCUAAAUGCAGGGCCUUUAAGUUAUAUCUGAAGGAAACAUCUUCUUAUCUUAACAUCUACCACACAUGAAACUGUCAGAUUACCAAACUGUGUCUUUGCGUGUUUCGUAUUUCCUCAAACUUCACAGGCAGAAGCAGAUAUCUAAAACUGAUACAGCAGAGUGGUCUGCCUGUGCUCGACGCAAUCAUGCUUUUCUGUUAGUGUUAACGCAUCUCAUGGAAAAGACGAUGAAUGCUCAAACAUGUAGGAGUGUGUGAUGUGUUUUUUCUAGAGUAGGGGUGUCCUGAUCUUGAUCACGACUAUGGGAUAAGAGCCAAACUGGGCUUUUAAACUGAUAAGGGACCUGCAGUUGUAAACUGAGUGCAAUUUGCAGCUGAACACAUAGGUACAAGCGACCAAUUACCGGCAACCCCGGGCUGUGGAAAUAUUUUAAACUAGAGACCAACAGACAGUUGCAGUAUAUGCAAGAGGAGGCUUUUGUGAGGCAGUAGCAGAAGAAGAGCUACAUUCAGUACUGUACCACCACUUUGAAACCACAUCUAAAAGAGAAAUGCAGAUACAGAAUACUGCACAUUGACUAGAGCAGUUUCCCUGCUCCAACACACCUGAUUCAAAUGAUCAGCUCGUUAUUAAGCCAUUACAGAGCUUGAUAACGAGCUGAUCAUUUGAAUCAGGUGUGUUGGAGCAGGGAAACAUUCAGAACACGCAGGAUAGUGGGCCUUGAGGACUGGACUUGAGAACCACUGCUCGAAAGCAACAGAGUGAAGGCUGCUGCAUUGAAGGAACAAACUCUGGACUUUAGAAAUAAAAAUAAAUGUUCUGGAGAGGGUGAAAAGAUAACAAAGAAAGCCUGUGAAUCUAUUGCUUUGUGGUAGAGAAAGCAGGUUUUUGUUGUCUUUUGACUCUUUGCUGCAUCCGGCCAUCUUGAUGAUACAUUUCAGACACUGCCUCACCAGAGCCAUGUAGGGGGAGUUUAUGAGAACAUACAAGACCACUUCCUUAUUAAGAUAAUUGUUUGGGUUCGUGGCCCUGAAAAGAUCAUCAGGACGUCCCUGGUGUUCUAUAGAGUCAUGUUUCCUUCUUUAGUGUUCGACAAUCCCAUGGUGAAGAUUACGCCGUGUACUUCAACACUUAGGAGUCUGUAAUUCAAUCAUGAAAGAAAAAUUGAAAUAUUUUCUGCACUCAGGCUUGUUGUUGCUUAGUUUCUCUGAUUUCAUGUUUGACUGACAGGGUAAAACAUUUGAAGACGUCAUUUUUGGGUUCAGCACAUGCAUUUUUUGGGAGGUUAUAUAAUGUUAUAAUUAGUUUGUGUAAUAAUGAUGAUGAUAAAACUGUAAAAGGAUGACUUCAUACUUGGACCAGAUGCAUCUGUGCAUGUGUUCAGGAUUUGCAGGUAGUUGUAUUGUGUAAGCGUCCUGCAGAUGAGACUGCCUCCUUUCAUCUGUGAGAGAGAGCGGCUGCUUUAGAGCUCAUCAAUAAGAUAAAUGAUGAAAUGUGACUUCUAACCUGUUGGCAGCAGAGGGAUAAUCUUUCUGUUGUUUCAGCAGACAGAGUUCGACUCUGCAGGCUGACAGCUCUGGUUUAAUGUAAGAGCAUCAGGCCAGACUCAGUAGCGUGCUUGUUGUUCGCGCUCAGACUUAGAGUUGGUUAUUUUAGAUUAGGGGUGCACUGAUUACCAAUCACUGAUCUUUAAAGAGCCUGAUCUGCUGAUACCAAAUUUGUCGGAUACCAAUUUUUUAUAACUGACAGCAUACACCUUCAAUAUUCUAAUCUUAUUUUGGUCUUACAUAAAUUACAAACCAUGAACGUUUGCUCUUUUUCUGUGUAAUACUGUCAAACAGACGACAUACUUGGUUGAACAUACUCCAGGUGACUGUAGUUUACUUGUGCAGCUGUUGCACGCUGCAUGCACAUGUGACCUGGUGGGCGGGCCUGUCUAUCCGGCAGAGCAAAAAGCUACAAUGGCUGACUUUCAGACCUUUGCGGCGAUAGAUAAUAUCAGUUUCAUAUGAAAGGAUCGGCCGAUCGCUGAUCUCCCAAAAUAAAGGAAAUCGGCACUGAUUGAUCGGUGCAUGUUUAUUUUAGAUAGUUUUCAUCAUCAAUUUCUUUGUUUUGUCCAAGUGUUGAGAUAGAGAAAACCUCGUUCCCAACCUCUUGUCUCUGGAAUCCCUGCUGUGUAUGUUGAAAAUAAGCUGUCCCUAUAAGAGUGGUGCUAUUUGCCAACACUGCUUUUUCUCUGAUACAUUGGUGCAUCCCUAAAGGGUUCUCCAGGUGAAGAGCUAAGAUGCUUCCAAAUUCAGUAUGAACUUUUUUUGUAACAUCUAGACACUGAUGAUCGGAUUUGUUCGGUUUGAUUAAGUUAAAGUGGUUGCUGUUUUAUUGAAAAAAAAAAAACUUUCUCACUAACUCUCAAAGUUUGCCCGUUCAUCAUCUUGAAAAGCUGCGUCACAUUAGAGAGUUUUAUGUAACUGAACCUGUAUCCACCCCCGCAGUAUUAUUUAAUGACAGAGCCUUAAAUCAACAGAUGGUGAUGUGUAUGAUCAGAAAGCUUGGCUCGCUGGUAUCACUUUAUCUUUGCUUUGCAGCAUGAGCAGGAACUCGUUUACAGGAUCCUGUUGCUCAUAUAAUCAGGUUCUUGGAAAAGGUAGACCUGCUGUGAGAGUUGAAGGCAGGCCAGCAGCCCCAGGCUGUCGGUGGUUUGAAUGGAAAUACUCCGUGUUUACUGUGAGAGUGAAAAAGACUCGGAGGGGUGGAGAAAGGUAAACGUGUAGACUUGCAUUAGAACAAUCACCCAGUGUCUAAAAUGUUUGAGGAGGGAGCAUUAAAGGGGGCGAGAUGAUUGAUUUGAUUACUUUGACAACAGAGAGUUCACUUUGAACUUUAUUUUGUGGUUUUAUUUUCAGUGGAAUCAAUGAGGCGAGUUGGUUAUCAGGUUUUGAAUAGAUGCUUUUAUGUUGCUCUAACAAUUAAAGAUAUCACAUGUUCAAACUCGUCUUGCUUUAAGUCAUCUCCAAACAUCUCUCUCAGGAGUACAGGGUAUUUCAGUCUGGAGUUUUAAACACUUUUGACUCCUAAUUCAUAGUCUUCUUUGGUUUUUCCAGCCCUCAGAGAGAAAAGCAGUGUUUUCUUCUUCCUGAAUUUCUCUGGUUUCUUCCCCUCCCCCUCUCUGCCUGGCUGCUCUUUACUUUUUGCAGCGGUCAUGCUUAGACAGCGUGUGGGGGUCUUUUCCUCCCUUCCUCUCUGUUAAGGGUUCGGUCUUGUGUGCAGAAAACGUGAGUCUGUUUAAGUAUGUUUGUCCUUUAAACUACCUGAUGAGGGCAACGUACAGAGAGGGGUGUCGCGUCCACAGCUGACACACACACACACGCACACACAUACUCUAACACUCACACAUAUGCAGAGCUGCUGAAGAACAUUGUGUACUAAAGCUAAUGAGGGCAUGCUUUGCUUCAGCUCACAUAAAAAGACAAACCAGCCCCAUCAAAUGUGCUUUGCUUAAACCAUCUGAUGAAGUCAAAUCACUUUUCUUUUGAUUUCACAGGCAGAAUAAACAGAUUUGUCGCCCACAUCAGAAUCCAAACAACGGCUUUAUUGUCUCUGAUUUGCUGAAUAUGCAGAUUCCUCAGCCUGAUUGUAGUUGUUCCUCAUAUCAAAGAGCUGUUUCCUGUUGUUUUAAGUUAAAAACAACCUGUGUCCCGGCUGUUUGUGCGUGAAUGUAUACAUCAGAUGUAAAUGUUUGACCACACUGCUGCUCCUGCCAGCACACCCUGUCCUGAGGUGAAUGUUUGAUGAGUUUUUCUACUCCUGCUGUGUCUGCUCAUGCAUACAUGCUCUCCAAGAAUGCACAUGUAUUGUCGCAUCCUCUCCCGCCCAUGCUAACCCACACCGGCUAAAUGGCUUUUCCUAUCAAAUUACAUUAUGUCACAUGGCUGCAUCCUCCAGUCCUAUUGUCCCCGACUCGUCCUCCUGAUGUUGAGUUCCCAAGCGUCUCUGAUUCCCAUUUGAUUGUACUGCUGCUGCUCAUACAUACCUCCUCUAAAUCCUCCAGAUAAAUCUGCCAUGUGACGUUUACACGGAGUGAUCAAGACCUGACUGUGUCAACAAAAUCACACGUUUAUUUACUGGGAUGGAUUCACUCUUUGGGUGUGUUUUUUGAUAACAGGGAAGUUUGAUCAGGUGUGCAGCCUUAGUGUGCGUGCAUUUUAUACCUUUCCUCUCAUGUUAUUCAUAUCAGAGCAAGGAUUAUAAUUAUCAUAGGUGGAGCCAAACCAGGAAAUUAGUUUCUUUUUAAAAUCAGUUUUUCAAAUAAACAAUAAAAUAUUGAUUUAACAUGUCGCUGCAUCAACCUGAAUAUACAGUUGCCCAGGUCAACUGUUGUGAAAUGUUAAAACACUUCACUUGAUAUAAAAACAUUCCUUGAAAUACAAGAAAACCUCAGUAAAUAUAGUUAUUAUUGUUAUGUAUUAUAAGAUUUAGGGAUUCCAGAUACGAUAUUAAUAUCAGAUAUCGGUCCGCUAUCAGCAGAAAAACAAAUACCAGGUUAUAUCUGCCUGCAUCUAAAACCUCCUGAUAUGAGCACUCAAUACAAGCAGUCUAUACCAGACUCCACUCCAGCACCUCUGGAGGAUGAGGUACUCAUGGUGAAAAGAACAGCAAUGCAGGUAGGGGUGUCCCGAUACGAUAUUGAUAUCAGCUUUCGGAUAUUGGUCCAAUAUCAGCAAAAAUUCGAAUAUCAAUUAUAUCGGCCGGUAUCUAAAAUCUCACUCCUUCCAGACUUCACUCCGGCACCUCUAUCUAGCAGCCCCUGGAUCCAGCAUGUAGAGACAAUUUGAUAACAACAAUAGUGUGUACUAACUUACUAACAAAGUAGCAAGGAGUAGGAGUGAUGUCGGCCGUGUGACAGUAAUUUUUGUUUAAGUCCGAAAAAGAUGUUGCAGCUGAGUGAACAACUUGUCAUGCACAAGUUUGUGCUAAUAUCGGAUCAUUAUCAGUAUAGGCCAAUACUGAAGGCUACAUUAUCGUUAUUGUAUCGGAAGUAAAAAGUUGUAUCGGGACACCCCUAAUAAGAUUGUACAAACUUUCAACAAAAACAAAACAAAACAAAAAAAGAGUAGAAAAAGAAAAUCAAGAAUCAGUUUUAUUCAGUAUAAUUCUAUAAGAACUGUGUUGUUGUUGCUUUUUAUCAUUGAGUGAUAACUGAAGUUAUUUCUUCUUCACUGCUCUAAAAGUGUAGCUACAGGUGCAGCACUAACACCUCCAUGCUGCUGUUUUUAGGCAGUGAAGAAUCAAUAAUUUCCAGUGACAGGUUGAUGUCAUUGAAGGCCAAUAAAUCACGGUAUCCGUUGGGUGAUGCAUCAACUGGAGCACAUGCUGGUACCUGAUCACAUCUGUCUAAAUGCAUCCCAGGUAUUUCAGGAGGAUCUGUAUCAAAGUGGCUCCUCCUGAUGUGUUGCCUCAGGGAUUUGUCGACAGACGUCAUGGCUCUUGUUGAAGUUAUGGUGGAUGAUGUGAACUGUUGGCCCGUUCGUAAAAAUUAUAACAUUUCAAGAGAUGACUCAGCGAAGUUAGUACCUGCUCACUCACAUUUUCUGAAGGUGUGUCAACUGACUUUACAUCCUGUUUUUUUCCACAUAUUUCCGUGUGUGUCACAGAUCCUAUGUCAUCGAAAAACUUUUUAGAAAGCAGGAAGACAAACAGACUGUGAAUAGCUGAACCUCUCGCGGGCUGUUAUACUAUGUGACCUUUUCUUGUAUUAGAUUAGUUCGAGGCUUAAUGAAGAAAUGAAUGUCGUUCAGCAGGAGCUGCUGGGCCUGGGCCAGAGUGUUUGUUAGCUUGACAUUUUACAGGAAUAAUGAGAGGCAGAGCCACAAAGUGAGUUCACAUGAACACAACCUGGACUUGAGUCUGAAGGCCUUUAAUCAGCCACUGUAUGAACAGAGCUAUAUUAUAAAUAACCACUUAUUUAUUCACGUCCAGAUGAUUAUAGAUAUGUUUUGAGUUUGCACGCUGUCUCCUGCUGUUUUUUCACACAGCCAUAAACAUCUUCAAAUUUCUAAAAACCUUGAAUUGGGUUCAUUUAAUUUAAGAAAGAGUAUGAAAAGUACUGAGUACUAAAAAGAAAUUCUAUCUUUCUAAUACCUGCUACAUUUAGAUUUUACACUACUAAAAACUAGGGCUAUAAUCAACUAGUUAACUAUUCUAUUGAUUAUUUUUUCAAUUAAUCACGAUUAUCUUUUUUAGCACCAAUUUUUGACAUCUGUUGCUUAAAUCUUUACACCAUUAUAAACGCGAGUAUUGACAGGGGCUGAAUUAAGUAUUUCGAAGCAGCUGCGCCUGUAAUUCACUGAUUACUGCUGUAAAAUACACAUCAACAGAAGUGAAGUAGCGUCAGCUAAGCAAGCUUCUUCCAUGAUUUCUGAUUGAUACACGUACAACACAAAUGUAUUAUGUACUUGCAUCAUGAGCUGAUGGUUAAUAAGCAAAUCAGCAUGUAAUAAAAAAAUAUUUACGAGGUAUCAACGUAAUUUGUGAACUCAUCUCUCUGCGGUACGUGGUGAUACAGCGGCUCCGGGUUGUGUGUGUUUAAGGUGAUUGUACAGUUUGAAAUGUUGUCAUACUUUGGAAACUUUGAGUCGAAGUUUUCAAGCCUCUUGGCCUGUUUGUAACACCCGAAUAUGUGUGGUCUUCUUCCCUGUUUCUUUGCGGGUUGUAAACAGCGACCGAUAGUGCCCCCAGCACUUCCUGAAGUGCACUGCAGUUACGGAUGAGCAUAAAACAGCUUGCGUGUGAUUUACAACUACAAUACAAACAUGAUGUGUCCAAGCAUAAAUUUUCGUGUUGCCAAAUUUUUGUAGUACAUGUAAUUGAUUACGUCAGCUAAUCGUUGCAGCCCUAAGGAAAACGCUUCAUGCAUAAACCUUGAUCAGAAAAUAGUGGUCUGAUCUGAGUCAUAUUUCAGCAUUAAGGAGAGUCCCUGCUGUAUAGUCUCCACAGAUACAUGCUAGCACACAUGAGCUGUGAUUGCAUGCACAAAGCUAAUACAUCACUAAUGCAUAUUUAGAUCUGCACACAUUUUAAUGUCUGUUGUUAUUAUAAUUAACUUUUUGAGCCAUUAUCUUACAUUGUGCACCCCUACAAAUCAGAGUGCUCCUAAUAUGCAACUGCAGCUCAUGACUUAACCUGCAGCUUUGAUAAUCAGAUUGUCAGCAGACUUUCUAUUUCCUGCACAGUUUUGCACAAACAAAGAAUGAUGUCAUGAGUUAUUUCACUGACUGUGUAAUUUUGUCCUUUUACUCGCUUAUUUUUGAGGACAGCUCUGCGGCUCUGCAGCUCACCUACAUUCAAGAAAAGAUUGAGGGCACAAGAUCUUUUACUCCUUAGCCAAAUUUGUACCCAAAGAGCCUCAUUCUGAGAGUUUUGGGUCAGUCAGGACAGAUUUCCUCUUCUGACAUAACGACAGACCCAGAUCCUGGUGCCAGUAACCAGCCCGGGUCGUAACUCUUUGGAGGGGAUAAAGUAAGUGGGUUACACUUCCAUUCCUCCAAUACAGCGACUCAGCAGAAACCAUUACAGCACUUAGUGGAAAUGAGCCCACCACUCACACUCUGACUACCACUCACACUGAACGCUGCAUAAUGCUACUGCAGAUACAUCAAGCAUUACUCCUGCAGAGGGUCUGUGGUCGAUGUGCCUAAAAGUGCAGGAUGGACAACAUGGAUAUCCGUUCUUAAGUGUUCUUUGCGUAGUGUCUUUAAAAUUUAGGCAGCUUUGCAGCCUCUGGGAUUUUUAUUUGUUUGCAUCAUGUGCAACUACAUCAGAGUGCAGUGAUGAAUUUAAAACUAAGAUACAACCCUAAAUCAGUCAAUGUAUUCAAGAUCAAAAGAAAUCUCAACGCAGGCUGCGUUGAUUUUAAAUGAGUACGUUAUAUAGCAAAUGUAUCUUAACUUUUUAUUCUUUCAGCUCCUUAAAUGUGAAGAUUGAAGGUUUUCCUUUUUUGAGUUGUGACAAUAAACAAAGUCUUUUUGUCACUUUUGGUUCUGUGAGACUAGGGCUGGGCUAUAAACCAAAAAUUUACUGAUAACGAAAUUUACGACAAUAACUGAUGUCAUUUUGCCCAUAUCGGUAUAUUAGGUGUUGAAUAAAUAAAAGUUGGUUUUGGAUGUGUGUAUACCUACACACAUGGUCUCAUGUCCUUUGAAGACACUGUCCUAUGUCAGAGACGUGACUCCACCCCAUCCAGUCUGUAACAAAGAGGGAAAGACAGUUGAGGAGAUGGAAGACGGUCCAAAAAUUGUAGCGGCUGAAGUAGACGACAUUAAUGUGGGAGGGGGUGAGCAGCUUGUUGAGUAGUUAUCAUCCAUUUAUCGUUAUUGAGGUAAACUGCUCAAUAUAUAUCGUGAUAUUGAUUUGACGCCAUAUCGCCCAGCCCUAAGUGAGACCAUGUUUCUCAUUUUUAACACAUUUCAAGACUUUUAGACAAACUUCCACAGGACAAAAUAUGCAGUUAGUCUUUAUUUUUGUAAUAAAUUACAAAAAGAAGAGUUACCUGCAGCCUUUCGAAUAGUUAUGAUACACCAGCUUGAUGAAGAGUAAAGAAGCUGCUUUAAAAAUAUCUCGUCUUCGCUUUUGCAGACUUGUUGCUGUUCUGUCCAAAUGACAUGAAAAAUUGAAAAUGAAAUGCCAAAUGUGUAUCAAAGAGCCGAGCAUCUGAACUUGUCUGACUCUGUUUUCAUCUUCCAGUAACUGAGAGUACAGUUAUUUCAGUUAUUUGAAUUUCAUGCAGACCUCAGAGCCUGCUUCCAAGAAAACCUGUGGCUUCAAGAGUUCACAGGAGGAGGAAAACAGAGCCACAGUUUCUCCCUGAGUGGAAAAUGAUGCUGGAGGUGAGGGUGGAAAACUGGAUUGAAAUGUAACAAAACACUCCUUGUUGACUUCCUUCUGUGGUAAUAGAAGAAACUUCACCUUACAGUCAUCCGUGACACCUUUGGGUACCAGAGCUAAAUGCAGAGAUGCAGAUAGUGUCCUAAUCAGUGAUUUGUGUGUGAGAGAGAGAGUAUGAGCUGUUCCCACUUCAGCUCCAGGAUGCAUCGGUGCAGAGGAUUAUGGGGGAUCAGCAGGCUUUAGGAAACGCUGCUGCUCUGCAUUAUUCCUGAUGUGGAGGGAAACUGGAACGCUCGCACACCCUGAACACGCAAACACGCUCCCGCCUCUCAGGCUGCCGGCCCCGCCCCCUUUUCAUCCAAACAGUGAUGCCAUGUUUUUGUCUGCCUGGCCUACUUUUCGGUGGCAAUCAUUGGCACAUCUCCCUGUCCCAGAAUGCACCUCUGCCUGUGUGCUUUCUCUUUUUCCCCGUCCUCUGAUUCUGACGGCCAUGUGUUGGAAGAAUGAGGAUAUUUACUUCAGGAGGAGGUGCUUUGUGAGGAAACAGCUGGAUUUAUUUGGCCUUUUAUUGCCUCUGUGUGUGUGUGUGUGUGUGUAUUGUGUGUACAUUUGUGUGUUUGCUCCGGGGAAGCAUGUGAUCAGACUGCUGGUGAGCUGGCAGGUCGGUUUAAGGGAGGGCUUGGAUGAAGUUUUUACAUCAUCAUGCUGCAGCUCUUCACGAGUCCUCUCUUCUCUCUCUCUCUCUGCACGGCUCACUGUGUUUCAGAAAUCAUCUGAACUAUAAGAGGAAAACAUCAUGAGACUCUCCUUCUCCUCUGCCUCAAGACAGACACACUAUCUGUUAACACACCCCGAUGAAUGCAUAAUCAAGAAGACUCUUUAGACAUGAAUAAUCCAUCACUUCAGUGUGUUAGUUAAUGCUGUGUGUCCACAACAGCAGCUUUAAGGGGAACUUAUUUCCACGAUUUAUUUCUUUUUUUUGGAUCUGGAAGUUGGUGUCAGCUUUUCCAAUAUGGUGGGACGUCUGUAAUAAAAUAAAUCGCAAGGCACUAGACUCAAGUUUAUUCUCUGACUGUGUUACUUCACUCUUGAAAGUGUCACUGUCACUGAGACGGACUUGCAGAGCAGGAAAUUUCAGAUUUGUUGGCUCCUAACUUUUGAUUCCAUUGAACACAUCAGCAUACAUUCGUUGUCUUGUUAAUCUUCUUGUCGCAAAGGCUGUGUCUACUCAGAAAUCUCUGUGUGGAGUCACAUUUAGCUGUUCAACAGGAGUUUUCAGCUCUUGGUUCCUUUUUUUUUGUAUUUCAAGUGAAGCUCCAGUUUUCAGAGUCUUUUCAGAGAGCUUGCCAGCUGUCUGCCAGAUGACUGGGUGUUUCAAAUUUGACUUUUUUAUUUGCAUAAGGGUUUUUUUCAGCCUUUAAAUAACCUUAAAAAGAGCUGAUCAGAAGUUCACGCCAGCUUAGCUCGUAGCCCCUGAAUGAAGCCUUCUGAUAGGACAGAAGGAAAGAGAGAGAGAGGAGGUCACAUACUGUGAUUUCAGGGCUGGAUAUUUAUUCCCCUGUCAUGCCUUCAAGAUCCUCCCUCUGAGGUAGAAGCAGAGGUGAAAUGAGGGGAAGAAGGCGGGGAUGAGUAUCGUUGGAGCCAUCAGCGCAGAGUAGAACAGUAUGUACAUUCAUGUCUAAGUGGAGCUCCCACUGUGGGUUUACGAGCUGUUGUAAUGUAAUGUAAUGUAACGUGCAGUCACACACAGGGACAUCAGGAUGUCAUUUUGGGGUGCAAUGUUAAAGUACAAAGGUCUGGUGAUAGCAGAACUUUGUUCUGGUGCUGAUGCAGAGUUGUAGUCUAUAAGUGGUACAAUCACACUUGGCCCACUUGCCCUGUGUCAUGUUAGAGCAUGAUUGGCCUUCUUUCUCAGUCCUCCACUGCUCUGCUCUCACAUUGCUCCAGGCUUAACCAGGCCUGAGUUACCUCUGCUACAUAACAUCAUAUCAUAUUAUGACAUACACUUGGCUUUUCAUGGUCUAAGAGUCAGCAUCACAUCCAGCUGUAACAUGCUUAAGCCAGCCGCUUUCAUGCUGUUAGAAAACCUUUUUUUUUUUCAGUUUUUCUGAUGACUUAAGUAAUUGUCCCAUGGGAGUAUAACUGGAUUUUACAUUCCAAAAGAAAGCAGCUGAAUUCACUCUGCAAAAGUUUUUGACCUAUUUUAAGUGUGUUCACUUUUUACUCUGGACGCUGACAUGUUUUUUCCGUCUAAUACACUUAAGAAGAGUGAGGAUUUAGUGUCCAUCUCACGCCGCUGGUUAGUUAGAGGCUGAGUAUGUGAGAUAAUAUCGUUAGCAGACAGCUGUCCUCAGAUUUAGGCCAGAAGCAAAAGAGGGAGAGGGAGAGAAGCAGCAGCUAAUCUGCUCUGGACCAAGACUGUGUUGAAGACUGUGUGGUGCUGCUGUGUCAUGCUAUAGGACUGAUGAGAGAGUGUGAGAGGCCAUCUUUGUUCAGAAUCAGCCAAGAGUCAGAGGAAUGGAUGUCAGAGCAGGACUGAAGUAAAUAUCAUUCCUGCCUCUCUGUGAGCGAAUCAGCCCGUCCUCAGAUUGUUGUCUCUGCAGUUUCAUCUGCUCUGUGUCUGCUCAGUCAGUCAGUUCAGUCCAGUCCAGCUGACUUGUUCCUCGUCUCCUGGUUCUGAAUGGACCCAAAGCCAACAGGAAAUAUCUGGGCUCAGGGAUUUGGCUUUGGAGCCUGCAGGGGGACGGUUUAUAUCAGGACAGCGUGUCUGUGUGCAUCUAUGCAAAGCUCUUGCUGCUUUAAACGGCGAUACUGUGCUCUGAAGGGCACUGAUGCAGCAUAAAGAGCCGUUUCAAAGGUUGUAAUUGUGUAACUGUGUCCUGGAGCAAAACCCGGCCUCCUUCAGUUCGACAUCAUGUUUCAGAAACAGCCGCCAAACAAGCUGAUAAUAACGUAUUUGCAUGAAUGAUUGAUCUGCUCGUAUGGGAGGGACAUGAAAUACUGUAGUCUUGUUUUAGCUCCCUGGUUGGCAUCAGUGAAGUGGGUCAGGAUUCAGGGAUAGAGACAGAAUGAGGAAGUGUGCUUUCAGGCUGCUGACUCAUUAGUCUUGCCUCAGGCUCUUCCUUCAUUGGCUUAGCAUUGACACAUUCCUGCUUUGAAGCACACACUGCACACCCUCUCUCUCUUAGUGGAUUCCUUAUUUCUCUCCGUUUGUGGGUUAAAGUUUUCCCCUCCCUCUGAUACGUCACUAUGAAUGAAAAAGUCAACCAGAGAGACCUCCCCCUCAGAUCCUCAGAAGUUGGCCCGGCUUUCCUCAGCCUUCCUUUUUUUUUCAUCUUCAGAGAAAUGUCAACACUCAGGUCCUUCUGUUCGCUCACAGAGAGCACGCUGAGUGUAGGGGAUCAGGGGGGAAGGGCUUCACUCCUAUGUGGGUUUCAAUUCAGGGUAGACGUGGUUUUGAAUCGCUCCAAGGAGUUAAAAAAAUGUGAUUCUGGUUUUAACCUAAAGAUUUAUGACUUUACUCCACAGUCUGACACAGUUACCCUGCAGCACCUGGAUUUAACUGUAACUUCAGUUUAGACAUCCCUCUGGAUUAUCCUGUUUCUUAUUUUAACCUACUUUUCUUUGUUUUGUUUUUAGCGCAUUUUUCCUGAAUCCUACUUCUGCUGUGCUGUUCCUCCCCCCUCUCCUCCUUCCUUCAUUCUCAUCUCAUCCUCGAACCUUUUUACCUCCUUUCCUCUUCCCCUUCUUCUUCCUUUCCUGUCAUUACCUCAUCAUUUCCUCACCUCCUUUCUGUUCCCUCUUUCUUUUUUCUCCUUUUUCCUUCGUACUUUUGUUUUAAUUCUACUGUUCCCUUUACCGGUUUGUCCUCCACAUCCUCCCGCCUUUCCUGUGCCUCCUCCAUCCUCCUCUUGUCCUCCAAUCUUAAAGUUUUUCUCCUCUCCAUUAUUUUAAGCAGUGGCCUAUAAACCUCAAAUUAUCUUUUGUCAGUGAUCUAGACAGCCACAAGCUAUCAUACAGGUGUGGAUAAUUGUGGACUCUUCCUCCAAACUCUGCCCCUGCUGCUGUGCUGACCCUGUUGCUUCCCUUCUGCCUCUUCAGUUCAAGAGAUGGAAGUAGACGCUAGGGGUAGGAGAAAAAAUCGAUACAGCGUAGAAUUGUGAUAUUUUGUCUGGUGAUAUAUCGUUUAUUACAAAUUAAAUGCUAAUAUGAAGUCAAAUCUAUGAUAAUGGAAAAAUUAAAUCAACAGUUUGUCCAGUGAGGUUGGCAGAGGUGACAUCAUAGGGCAGGAUAAAGUUAGUACAACAAAUACAUUAAACGGUUUUCAAGAUGUGCUACAUGAAAAUAAAAUACAGUGUAAACAAGACAAACAUAAAGCAAAGACAAAUACUAAACAGUUGAACAUUUUUGUAUAAAUUGCAAUAUAUGGUAUCGCAAUACUCACUGUAUUGCAAAAUGUUAAAAUCGCAAUAAUAUCGUAUUAUGACAAUAUCGUAUUGUGGGGCCACUGGUGAUUCCAACCCCUAGUAGAUGCAGUGUUUGUAGCUGUCGUGUGUCGCUCUGCUUUUGCUCCACUCUUGGAGAGCUCCAGCUGCUCCUGCGUUUAUGCAGAAAUAGGACACACACAUUAGCAGCAGCAUCUGGACACAGUGUACUCUUUUUCUGUUUUGUGAAGAAAAUAAGAGAUAAAAAUUCAGAAUGUUUUCUGUGCCAUUGAUUUCUGCCAACACUACAGCUGACCCUGACACAUGGACCUGGUGACGUUUCAUGUCAGAUCAGGGUAGUCAAGUAAAUGAGUCUCAAACACCCCAGUGGUUUUCCUGUACAUCGCUCAGCUUAUCAUUUGCUCUUUGCAUUAAAUGAUCUUUUUAGUCUGACUUUGAUUGACACAGAAAAGUACUUUGACCCCUACAUUCAGGGUUUCUGUGGCCACUGCUUGAAAUAUGAGCGUCCUUCGGCAAGGGAUAGUUCUUUUCUGUGUCAAUUCUGUGUUUUUUAUUUGCAUAAGAUCUCACAGAAGACAAACAGUCACCUUCCAGGGAAGCAGGAGGAUUUUCCAGUUCUGUUGAACUUGUUUCUGUUGUUUUUGUGUCACCUCUGACUCCAGCACAGAUCAGGGUUUCUACCAAACUUAAGGCUGCUGCAGAGCUGUGUUUGAGGGUGACCAAAUCCUUAUCCUACAUUUGAAUCCUAUCAUUAGAAACCAGGAUCUAAACUGUGUUGCUGGCCAUGUUUUAUUCUCCUUGUUUGAAUAUCAACAAAUCGGACAGCUCUCUGUGAGUUGGCAGGCUGCUGUUAAACAUUAGUUUAGUGAGUCAGAUAGCGGAUGUCAAAUUUGCAUCAAUAAUCAGGAAGUUUAAACAGGACUGUUAGUCCUGUGACGUGUCCACUAAAAGCUGCUCUUUAGCAUUUGUCAUUAGUUUACAUAUGUAUUGACUCCGGAGUUCACUUCCCUGGGCUUUUAAAGGACCUUUACAAUAAGAGGAUAAGCAGAGUUUGGGAACAUUCAGUUUGACUUUUAAACAACAACAACCUUGAACCUUAAAGAACUGAUGAGUUUUAUGUAAGUUUGUUAAAUCAAAUGGAAUGGAUUAUGUUGGGCAAUGAAACAGCCCUGAUUUGUUUAACAAUGUUUCACAAAACAUUCAGGAGUAAAGAGAAGGUGAUAUAAGCUUCCUGUAAUUAGCAGUGUCUUGAAACUAGACCUGAUCAUGUGAGCCUUUUGGGAAAUUCAUGAAGCAUUUCUGAGGCUUUGUGGCAUCCUGUGCAAAGAGACCAACAUCCCUCUAAGAGCUUCAUGUAAAAGGAUCACUCAGAAACUUAACAGAGGUCCACACAAGUGAUGAUUUCCUGGAAGUAACUCGGGCCUGCAAAGCUCUGCCAAAAGAAAAAGGGGGCCGCACAAUUCAGGUGUUGUCGAUAAGCAGCUCAGGUGCAGUAGCUGUACUCUAGAAAAAAAGGGAGGAGUUCAGGGUUACAUAGGAUAUGAUAUGACACAAUAUCAUCCAAUACUAUACUGUAAUAUCUCAUACUAUACUGUACUGUACUAUACUAUACUAUACCAUAAAUCCCAUACUAUACUGUACUGUACUAUACUAUACUAUACGAUAUGGUACUGUGUUGUAUAGUACAGUACUGUACUGUAAUAUACUGUACUAUCCUAUCCUAUACUAUACUGUACUGUAUUAUCCCAUUCCAUACAAAACUGUACUGUACUAUCCUAUACUAUACAGUACAGUACAGUACAGUAAUGUAAUAUACUGUGCUGUCCUAUCUCAUACUAGAUUGUACUUUACUGUACUAUGCCAUCCUAUACUGUACAAUACUAUACUGUACUGUACUGUACUAUCCCAUCCCAUACUAUACUGUACUGUCCUGUAUUAUACCAUAUUAUACUGUACUUUACUAUAUCGUACUGUACCAUACUAUAUCGCACUAUACUGUACUGUACUAUACUGUUUCAUCCCAUACUAUACUGGACUGUACUAUACUUUAAUCAACAUAGAUCAUAGAUUAAAAACUAUAUAUAAGGUUUAAACUAAAAUAGUAUUGUAAGAUAUAGUAUCACUGCCUUUAUGAGGAGUUAUGUAACUGUGACGCUUAAGUCAAACCAGAAGAAUCUGUAUUUUACUUUUAAAAGAUCACCAUAGUAUAUGCCAAUAGUUACUGUCUUGCUUCUGUCAGGCUGACAGUAUAUUGCUGUAUCAAUGUUGUGUUCCUCCAUAUUUUAGAGGGUUCAGUUUGUUUCUUUAGCAAAGGAAACUUAACUACAUAGUAUAUAGAGUAAGUUGAGCUAAAAUCUGUAGAUUAUUUUCUUUAGAUAGAACUUAACUUUACAAAAAGAAAUUUCCCAUAGAGACUUAGAGUUCUGUUGAACUGUUGAACCCCCCACCCCCACGCCACCCUUUCUGCAUGGGCGCACAUACAGACUGUCUGGGUAGUCAGGAAGUGUAAUAAAUGUAUAUUUAACUGUCAAAAAUAGUGGUUGGUGUAAGUUGUGUCAGAGGAGCUUGAAGCUGCUUCCUUCCAGAGUCAGAGAAGAUUUAUGUCUGACCUACAUUUGACUUCAGACUGACCCUAAAGUUUAAUGUCUCCUCAGUAUGUAUGUCUUCGCGGUAACGGUAGGACUCAAGGAGACAUUUAAAACGUCUUACAACAUAGUUUGAAGCUAUAGAAAGCUAAGUUUAGCGUUUAGCCUAUGUUGGCCUGUGGUUCAUAUUAACAUCACUGCUCGGCUCUCAGGUUUCCCUCUCUUGAGUCUGUGGGUCUCUCAGACCUUUAAGGGACAGUGUAUACACUGAGGUGUUAAUACAUGUAUACGAGCAUGUGUACAAUUUCAUCAGCUGCUGAGAUUCAAAACAACGAGGAUGGAGGUCAUGUAGUCAGCUGGCUCUCAGGAAGUAGGGCAAAUUAUUCCCCAGUUCUUCAAAUGAUAUUUAAGAGUUUAUUUUAUGACCAAGACGAUACAAACUUGAGAAAACAUGGAUGUUUCCCCCUUGGCCUCAGGGUCCAGUCUCACCUUGUUGGACUCUAAACUGCUGUAGUCAAGGUUUGCAAAUGCGGCUGUAACCCCAACUGUUUUCCUCGCACAAAUAAGUCAGGUCCUCUUCACCCCUCUCUGUCUUUGCCGCUUUGAGGGCGAAAUGCUCCUGGAUGCAAAAGGGUUGGUAGAUGGUAUUGAAUUUGUAGCUGCCAUUUUUUUAUGUUUUAGUCGCCUGUCUCCUAUGGUCCAUGUUUUGAAUUUGUAACUCAGCAGAAUUAGGGAGGAUUUAAGAUGCCCCCAAUACUAUGUUGGCUCACAGCAUGAAAAAUAGAUACAUGCUCCACAAUCGGAAACAUGUUUAUGUCUGCUGUAUAAACUGGCCUUUUAAAAAAGGGCUGAAUUUGAAACUUUAAGGACAGCCCCAAGUGGACACUCAAGGAACUGCAGUUUUAUUGUCCUCCUCUUGGGCGUCAUGUGCAAUCACUGGCGUUAGCUGCUGCAUUUGAUUUCAGCUUAUUGCUCUUGUCAUCGUUCAUUUCAUCAUCCCAUCAUCAUAAAUGAACAGAGUACAGAUGGAGCAGCUCUCUGAGUGACAGGACACUGACGUGCACAGGUGUGCGUGUGUGUGUGUGUGUGUGUGUGUGUGUGUGUGUGUGUGUGUGUGUGUGUGUGUGUGCGCGCGCGCGUGUUUGUGAGCGCAUGUGUGCUGACAGCUGGACUGACAAGGUGCUAACACGACUGUCCAUGUGUCCACUGAUAUCUGACCGCUUCAGUUUUAGCAUCAUAUGAUCCCUGAAAUUGAGCUCCUAGUCUUUGUGCCUCCUCAGUCUCACAUGUGAUGUCAUGUGGUGGUAUGACUGAGUUAACUUAUUUCAUGUAUUUUCACACCAGGAGUCAGGACCUGUGCUUUCUUUUAUUACAGCUCGUAUAAAGGCGUGACCGAGGUAUUAAAACAGUGUUUGUCUAAGUGGCGACUGCCUCUUUGCAUUCCUGAUAUAAAUGAUUCGAAUCAAAGUCAAAAUAAGACCCUAUCAGCUAGGGCUGGGUGAUAAACCAAAAUUUUACAGAUACUGAAAUUUAAGACAAUAACCAACAUCAUUUUGCCCAUAUCGGUAUAUUAGGUAUCAAAUAAAUAAAUAAAUAAAAAUUGGUUUUGGAUGUGUCUAGGUAGGCUAUGGUCUCAUGUCCCUUUAAGACCCUGUUCUAUGUCAGAGAUGUGACUCCGCCCCAUCCAGUCCGUAACAAAGAAGGAAAGACAGGUGAGGAGAUGGAGGACGGUUCAAAAGUUGUAGCAGCUGAAGCAGCAGCUGAAGUAGACGAAGUUAAUGUGGGAGGGAGUGAGCAGCUUGUGGAGUAGUUAUCGUCUAUUUACUGUUAUCCAGGUGAACUGCUCAAAAGAUCAUGAUAUUGAUUUGAGGCCGUAUCGCCCGACCCUAUUUUCAGCAGUGAUAUCCUGAAGACUUUCAUUAAAACCUUGAACAAAACUUCAACAGCAGUAAGGUUCCCAGUCAGCAUAUCAUACUCUUACAGUUCUGCCCAAAGAGCAGGAUCACAUUGUUUCAUAACCCUCAGGAGCUGCAUACUCCAGGCGUCACCUCUUCACAUUAAACCACAUAAAACAGCUGAAAGGUCGUUGCAUUAUUAGAUAAUCCCUAAUUUGAUAAAACAGUGUUCUGUUCUCGGUUACUUUAAAUUACAUAAUGUGUUUAAGAAUUUUAUCACUUCUUUUGACCUUCUAUUAGGUUGUUUCUGUAAACGGUUUGAUCAGAUUUUCAGUCAAAUCCCGUUAGAGACAAUCGUGACUGUGAUCAUGUUAUUCUUUAAGCUAUUUUAGUCUGUAACUUUAGAAAAAGUCAUAAGGAAAGUAAGUCGGGAUUACUGCUAGAGAAGGGUGUAAGAUGUUUUUGUCUUUAAGGUUUAAAUUCUUUUUUUUCAAUGAACACUAUGGCCCAGUUCUCUUUCCCUCCAGUUCUCUUUUGAACUGUGUGAGAAUGUUUUUGUUUGACUCUACCUCUUUCCAGUUUAACUCGAUCUGUGUGACAGGUUAGUCUAUCAGCUCUUUAGCUGACCUACUUGUGAGCGUUUGUCGAAGUUAAGUGUUGACUUAGUGUGUAAGGGAGUCACGGAAAAACCCUGUUAGCAGCGGAGGACGAGUUCAGACAAAACUCUGCUCAGUUCAGCUUCACUCGCUUCAUUCCCCACCUGGUUUCAGCUGAUAAGGUCACCGAUAGAGGACAUUUCUCUCUCUGCUGUGUCUAAAUUGCCCUGUGUUCCUAACUCCCUCUCCUCCUGUACUCUCUGAUCCCCGUCUACUUAUCCUCUAAUUGUAUUUAGUUUUUACAUGCACAGUAAAUUGUAUUUACAGGCUGCUCUUGCAGUUGCAGCAGCUCUGUUGUGCAGCAGUGAUAAUGUAGGGUGUGAUUCAGGUUGAGAGCAGUGAUGCAUUAUGAACAUCCUUUGAAGUACCUAAACAUAUUUGAUUGACAGGUCAGGAACACUGGGGCUACAUAUGCAAAUGUAUGGAAAACACAUGCAGGUACAGGUAAGCUGUGUUGACAGGAGAUUGACUCUGAGAACCCGAAAGAGUUCAAGCAAUGAAAGAACAGAGAGCGACUUGAAGACUGAUUAAAAAAAAAAUGCUGUUUGCCUCCAGCAGAAACAAGAGAAGGUUGAGUUAAAGCUGGUCAUUUACAGGUGACUGUUCACUCUCUGCUUCUGUCUUUCUACUUUCAUGGCUCCUACUCCGUUUCUGUAUCUGUUUGUGAAGCCUCAUGCACUUCCAGCCUCCCACACUCAGUGUUUUUGCAGUCUGUCCAUGUCCAAGCAGCUCAUAUCAGAUGCCUCCCCUAAAGACAGGAUGAUCAAGCAGCCUCUCUGAUUUCAAAGACCAUGACUGCGACAGCAAACUUUUCCUUUGGACUGCUAAUCUUUGCUUUAAACCCUCCACAUGCUGCAAAUUGAAGCUCUUUUUAAAGCUUGUAUGAUGACUUCUAAGUCUGCACUUUUUUAAUAGAAUCUCUCACAGUUAACAUGCCACAAACAUUGAAGUUUAUUGAAAUGAAACAGCAAUCAUCAUAAAUGAGCAGGUGAUGUUUCUCCUUUAGUGCAGGACUUUUAAAAAGGAUAAUUUUACCCUGUGCUGACCACGCUGUUUCUCCCUCUGUGUGUGUUUCAGGUACCCCAGUUAUCAUGUGUAUUGUUCAGAGCAGAGCUUGUCUGGAUCAGCUCAGACUGUCGGGGACAACACCGCCGACAGCCCGGAGCAGGAGCAGGAGCAGGACUCCACGCAACACGAGGUGAGAUAACCGUACUGGAGAGUGUUGGGUGACUUUAGGUAGUGACCCAAAAAUGUGACUGUGGAUAAAUGAUAGAGCUGCAACAAUGUCGGUCUGAACAAACAGGUUAUUGGUGUCAGUGAUUCCAAACAAAAGUCAAAAUGAUCUCAUCUUAGAUCUUAUAUCUAAACAAUUUCAGAUUUUUUUCUGCUUUUAUGAGAGUAAACUGGCUUGAUGUUAAUAAGAGGAAAAGAUAAAUCCUUUGAACAUGGUAUCUGUGGAUUUCUUACCUAAUCUUUUUCUGUUGUCUCUGAAUAUUAUUGAUCCACCCAAUAACUGAUCAGACUAAACUACAGUUUGAUCAAGUUUAAGUAACUAGUUUUUGAACCUUAAGGGUUUAAAAGCACAAGUAGAGAUUUUAUCCAGGAUGGAUAGAUCGAUGAAUAGGCAGAUGUGCUGAUGAUUGCAUUGAUGGAUACACUGAUAGAUGUACUGAUGGAUGCAUUGAUGGAUGCCCUGACAGUACAUGUAUUGGUACAUAGAUCCACAGAUGGAUGUGUGCGUAUGAUAGAUAGACUAAAUGAACUAAUGGAUAGAUUGGGUGUAUGGAUGAAUUAUUUUAUUGAUACAUGGAUGGACAGAUGGAUCAAUAAAUGGAUGCAUUGAUGAUGGUUGAAUAGAUGGGUCAAUUGUUUGAUGUAUAUUUUGAGUAGAAAGAUGGAUGGGUGCUUGCUUAAUGGAUGGAUGGAUUGGUAUGGAAUAAUAGAUGCAGUGAUGGAAGGGUGGAUUAAUUUAUUGAUGAGUGGUUUGGUGAAUACAUUCAUUGGUAACUGAUAGAUUUAUUGGUAAUGGAUGCAUGAAGGAUUGUUGGAUGGAUGCAUGCAUGACUGAAGGAUGGGGGAUAGAUGAAUGGUUUGAUAAUUCAUGGACUGAGAAGACUGAUGGAUGGAUUGAUGGAUGUAUGGAUCAAUAAAUUGGUGCAUUGAUAAAUGAGUGAAUUAUUAAUGGAUAUAUUGAUGGAUGCUUGCAUAAUGGAUGAACUGAUGGAGGGGCUGAUGGAUAGAUGAAGUGAAUGAAUAGAUGAAAGAGUGGAUUAAGUUAUUGAUGGUUUGAUGGAAGCAUGCAUGGUGAAUUGGAGAAUGGAUAUGUGAUCUUCAUAAAAUACAACAUACAAAUUAAACAACAAACACACAACAUGGAGUAGAGUAGACAAUGAUCCAAAAGAACAAUAAAUGGAUGAUGGAUAGACAAUGGAUUGAGGAGUGGAUGUAUAUUCAGUGGGUAGCAGCAGGCAUUGCUGGCUCAUUUUUCUGUCUGGCUGUGGGAUGUUCAGCUGUAUUAUUAGAGUCAUGCUCCUUGUGAACCGUGUGCGUUUGCAGAACAUGUGACCACGUGGUGGGAGUCGGGUCACGACCUUUAGGGACCCGUUGACCCCUGAGAAGGGGGAGAAGGUAUGGAGGGAGGAGGUGUAGUUAUAAAUACUAUGUGUUGAUAGUCAGGAGGUCCUGAGUUAUAGCCUCAGGACGGUGUGAGGGUGAGGAGGGUGUUACAUAACUUUUUGUUUUUCACUCAAAGAUAGAAAAGCACAUAUCAGUGAUUUUUAGCUUAUCUGUUCAGGUUUACAGCCUUUAAUCUGUUCUGUUGAAAGUGUGUCAAAGACAGAAAGAUGUUUAGGACGUGAAGAUCAGAGUCUCUUCUAGGUAAAAAGUUAGCUAUAAAGCGGCCUAGUUACACAUCGUCUGGAACAUGGGCUCCUCUCUGCAUAAUGAGUCACAGGCUGGAGCUGGGGGUAAUGUAGGUCAGGACCAUCCUGUGGGGUCAAGGUUCAGGGUAAACAAAAGCUUUCCUAACUCUCAGCUGGCAUUAUCGGCUGAACAAUGUUCGAGUCUAAUCCGUUUUAAAGCCCCCCGUCAGACAGAGCACCUUCUUAAACUGCACCUCAACAUACUGACUUUGAGUUGAAGCUGCAGAGUUAGAUGGAAAUCUAAAUGUGCUGUCAGAAAGUUGGAAAGCUGUAAAAACCAAAAAAGAAAACCAGUAUUAAAUAUCAAAAGAAGAAAACACCCACAUUUUCAGCAACAUUUAUACGUUUUUUAAUUGGAAAUCACCAAAAAGGUAAAUAAUUAAAAUAUUCAGCAAAUAAGGAACUGCAGCACGUCUGUGAGGUGGUUAACUUGCACUGUGCAGACAACUUUACUUACCCAGCAAACUCACAGAAAUAGAUGUCUUCGCAGCCAAAAUAAAAAGCAUCUUCUGUGCAAAAGUCAACAGACGUUUGAGAGAAGUGCACUGAUGCUGAGUUAAGGUUGCUCUGGGUUAAAGGAGACCUUUAAUCCUCAAUUUCAUUUUUCAAUGACACCUACAGUGGAGCUUUGCAUGAUUAGCAAGUUAGCAAGUCGAAAAACUCUUCAUUCAUCUUAGACGUGUGUUUGUGAAAACCCUUAGCUCUUUGUUUUGGCUGCUUUAAACACUGGUAGGAAGUUCAACAUGGUUCAGGGUUUUACUUUGACACAGUUUUGUAGUUUUUAAAGGUCGGCCUUUACAGAAAACAGCUGCAAUUGUUAGCAUAUGAUAGCUGUCAGAGUAUGUGAGUGAUCAAACAGAUGAUAGCUGUGAGAAGUAAGAGUGUUUGUGUGUUUUUGCGUGUAUGUCUGAGCACUGAAAAAGGAAACUCAUCAUCAGAGGUCCACCAGUAAACGGGAACAUUUAAGGUUAAAAGUUUAUGCUGAUGAUACUCAGUCGUACAUGUCAGUCUUUGUCUUUAACCUCUUUGCACAGCAAGCUCCGGUUGCAUGUCUCACUAAACUAAAUGUGUGAAUGAGUAAGAGCUUUUUAAAAUGGGAUGUGGUGAAAUACAGAUAUCAGAAGCCAAAAACAACACUUAGUAUAAAAGCUCUGCAUGACUUUCCUCCACCAUAUAUUUAUAGAUAUUUCUCCUGAAUGAACACUAGAUUGACUUUGCCCUUCUGUUGACUCAUCCCAGUGUGUGAUUUGGGUGCAUCCAGUUCCACAUUCUUUGGAGAUCCUCAGAAAACCACCACCAACUAAAACAUUCAUUAGUUUGUAGACUGAAUGGCUCAGAGCUGGUCUGGGUUAAAAACCCUCAGCUCUAAUGAAUGAGCCUUGAGAAAGUAUGUGAGUGUUGGGACAUAUGACAGUUUAGAGAAGCGAGAAAGUGUGUGUCUGUGUGUUUGUUUGUGUGUAUGAAGGGAAGUCAUUGUGUGAGGUCCAGCGGUGAACAGGCACGCCGAGGCAGCUCAACAGGCCUGGUAGUCCGUCUCUGGAUUUCUGACACACUCUUUGUUCGGAAACAAAAGAUCUCCCUCUCAAACUGACCUUUGACCUUUACAAUCUGACAUUUUCAUACAGAAAUCUGUUUUUUGAUUGGUAGAUAACGCCCUGAAGGAGGUUUGAGUUUUACAGCAGCAGUUUAUGAACUUAACUGGGUGUAAUUGCAGUUUUUUCACUGUGAGUGUUCCUACUCUGAGGUGAAAAGUGUGUGAUAAGUUUUUGUUUUUUAUCUGUAGGUGUUGGAAGAAUGGACAACACACACAUCAUACGAUAUGGGACUGGAGGCAGAGAGGGCAGCACUGAAGACGCUUGCAGCACACAACGUUCACCAAGAACAGGUAAGGACUAGAGUGCAAUAAAGAAAACAUUCAAGAUCAAGGAUGUGGUCUCAUUUAGCUGAUGGUUCUUGACUCAUUUAUCUCUGUUUCCUCUCUGCAGACUGUGAAUCCUGGAGAAGCCGAGGUGAAGGAGACCAAACCUGACCCAGAGUCUGACCCUCAGCCUGAUGCUCCUGAGCCAGAACCCCACAUAGACCCCACCCAUCACCAGGCUGAUGUGGACCAGCAGACUCACACCCACAGUCAGGACCAGGAAGUCCUGGUGGUCUCCACUCCAGAACCAGUUCCAGCACAGACCCCAGAGUCUACUGAAGCCCCGGCGGCAGCAGAGACCGUCAGUGAGGCUCCUGCUGCAUCCCCAGCCCCCUCCCUCGAUGAAGCUGAAAACACACCUACCUCACAGAGUGCCGGCCCGACCCACAUAGGGUAAGACCACGUUUAGGUCCUCAGUGCAGGGUGCAAAAGCUGGCUUUAACCUCAGAGAGAGAACUGAAACAAGAUUGGAGGAUACCAAGUCCAAAUGUUCCUCUGUUGAGGGUUAGAGCCAGCUCAGUGCAGUCAGAGUAUGGAAGUGUUUGUGGUGCACAUUUUCUUUGAUGUUUUGUUGGUUAACUUUUUUCCCUCUGGUUUAUUUUGUUCUUUUUAUGUUUCAUGGUUUGAGUUUUAUUUUAAUCACACUGUUAACAACUGAUCUCACACCAAGAGAGGCUCAGAGGAUAUUUGCUUUGAUAUCCUGGAUAUUGAGUCCGUCGACUUUCGCCCUGAUCAUACGGGAACAGUUUUUCAGAUGUACUUUUUAAGGAAGCUUGUGGACUCUUUGAAAAGAUACUUGAAGCUGAGACCAUGAUGGGUCCUCAUGUCUACUGGAUCAAACCCUGAAGAAGAAUGCCCCCUUUACCGCCCCUCCCGUGUUGACCUCUGUGUGUCAAAGCUUCUCCAGAUGAAAUCAGGACUUUAAUUUUAAGACAGCUGCCUGUCAGAGGAGCAGCCUCUCCUUCCCUUUUGUUCUCAUCUCCCUCCUCUUCUUCUCCUCCUCUCUCUCCAGCUCUCUCUACUCUUUCUAAUUUAUCCCUCCUCCUCCUCCUCCUCCUACCCCUCUCCCUCCCCACCCGCAGUGUAAGGAGGUGUGUAAACGCCGUGUCCUUUCUUUCCCUCAGUGUGGUGCGGGUUGCCAGUGCAGGAGAGGAACUCCCAGUAGACAUCUUUGUCUCUGCUGAGCACUCUGAUUCUCAGUGCGGGGUCAUUCCCCCCGAACUGGCAACCUGUGAAAACUCCCCCUUUGGCCGCCCUCUCUACAGGUGAGUCCCCGACCCCCCCAGCAGCUAAUCAAAACACAGCGACAGGUAAUCAAGGCACAAGCUGCACCUCUCUGCUGAGUGCAACCAGCGAGCGCUGACCUUGCUCUCCGCUUAUCUCUGCUUUUUUUGUUUUUUUGAUUUCCUUUCUCCAUCAUUUUGCCUGCUCACAAACAAGAACUGUCAGAACUUUCAAACAUGUUUGAAACAUCUCGCUUAUUUUUUUUAAUCGUGUCUUUAUCGCGUCUGUGAGCUCAUUUCUGUUCUCCGUCUUCUUCACCCUCCUCUCUUAUCCUCCUCCCUUCUCCAUCACUGUGUCUGUGCUGCAGGGUGGAGGAGUCUGGUACAGAGGACCAGCCAACAGAGCAGGUCCACAGUUCUGGUCUCGAAGCAGAGGUCCAGUCCAGUCCCGGUCAUGUAGACCUGGAACAACAACAACAACAUCAACAAGAACAACAGCAACAGGAGCUGGAGGAUGGGCUGUCUGUUUCUGACCAAGGGGGUAACGCCUCCCAGGUCCACCAAGAUCAGCAGGUCAGCCACCACAGGGGUUUACAUAAAUCCAUGAUCAGCUUUUCAUUGAAACAAUUCAGUUUUAUGUUUAUUAGGACGUCCAAAGUCAUGUUAUGAGAUACUAGUGGAACAGUAAAACCAAGACACAGUCUGCUAUCUGGGAGAUCGUUUAGUAAACCUAACAGAUUAUACAGCAGCUUAUUUGUGGCGCAGAUAUUUUUCUGGUCGACUUUUCUGGCUCUUUGUUUUGUGAUUGGCUGAAAGCAGAAAUAACACCUUACUGGUAAGGAGACCUUUUGGGUUUUUUUGAGACCAGUGCAGCUGUGAUCGUUUCCUCUUUGAUACCAGAAGCUGAAACUCUGUAGUUUUUCCCCCCUCCUCUCUUCAGUAAAUCUGCUUGUAUUUACAGUUUAACCAACUAAUGACACUUUAAUACACGGCUCCUUUUACUGCUCUUUUAGUUAUGAGCCAGAAAAGAGCAAACACAUUGAAAUAUGAUAAAUUGUAUCAUGCAAAGUAGGAGGUCCUAAUAGAAUAGAAUAGAAUAGAAUAGAAUAUUCCUUUAUUGAUCCCCCAUGGGGGAAAUUUUUUUGUCACAGCAGCAUCACAGAGAAAAAAAAGCGCAAAAAUGCAGUUAUAACAAUAAGGGUCCUAAUAUACUGGUUUUUGUUGUUAGUCUUUAGGUCCACAGGGUUGUUGAUUUUUCACACAUAAAGUCUUUGAUUUUGAAAGAGUCUUUGAAUCACAAAAAGCUUCAUUUAAAUAGAAUAAUAAUUAUUUAUGACUUUCCUUUUGGUGCUUGACAUUUACAGAGCUUGAUCUCGUUUUUUUUCGUUGCUCAUUAGGAAUCAAACCUUCAGUAUUACUCCUAAUUUACACACGCAUGCCAUUAUACAUCACACACUGUGUCAAUUUCAGGGCAUGUAGAUUACCUUCAGUUUAUUUUUCUAUGAAAUUCAAUAGAAUAUUUGACACAGGAUCAAUCAGCAUAGCAUCCUGGCCUUUUGUAAAACAAACAUGGUACACAUCUUGCAUUUGGUUCAGGUACAAAGUACUAACUCAUAAUUGUGUGAACUUGUACAAAUAAUCAGGUUAUUCUUGAAAGUUUGAAUCAAAGCAGGUGAUUUAAAAACUCAAAGAGAGGUAGAAGACAGAGAAGAGGUAACAGCAUGAGUUUAUUUAAAGUCAGGGCAUGAGUUAUAAUAGAAAGAAAAAAUGAAGAAUAUCAGUAAAAGAAAAUUCAAUUAUUGAAAGAGAAUCGAAGAAUAAAAACAAACACGUUUACACUAGAGUAGAUUUAAAAACAAAUACUCAUACAGAGGCAGAAUUUUGUCUUUGAUGUGCAAUUACAUGCCAGUGAUUUCUUUUAAAUUUUUUGUUCGUAUGAGAGAUAUUAAAAUUAAAAAAACAUGAAAAUCCUUAACCGGAACAUAUAUUCUGAAUGAGCUGUGUAAGCGUUUAGAACCUGCUCCAAAUACAGAGUGGGACUUUUUUUUUGGCAUAAAAUAGUCAUACACUACGUAGACCACAUGCAUCAAUCUGGUGCUCUUGCAAGUGUUGUAGAACAUGCAGUUUAUUUUCCUCCCCUCUGUCCAUAUCAGCCCACAGAUGCUGGUUAACUUUCUGUGACAGUUAAAAAUAUUCAGCAUGCACAGCUGUUGUACCAGAGUUCAGUUCGAGGGUGUUUCAGGGGUUUCAGGGCUAAAUGCUGAGUCGACCUGCUUUCAGUUUUAUGUUUUCAUGGUUGAAGGAUAACGAAAGAGGAGUGUAUGCAGGGAAUUCACUUAUUACCAGGGGAUUAGUGUCUGUGUUGUGCAUUUGUACAUAAUUUUGCAGUUUUGAUCCAAGUCUGGUUCCUAAUCUGUCUGUGUCUGCGAAUGACUCCUGUCAGAGCUGUUGGUCUGUUUGCAUAAAAAGCUGUCUUAGUUUGUGGAUUUUUGAGGAUUGGUCUGUCGUGUGAGGUCCAAAAGAGCGCUCUUACAUCAUCCAUCUAAGCAUUAUUCACAGCUCAGCGCAUCUCAAAGCUUUAGCAGCCGAAGGCGAGAGAGGCUGACUGCCAUCCACUGUGUAGAGUAGGCUUUGUAGAGGCCGUUCAGGACAUCCAGGUCGUGAAGAGAAACGCCGCUCACACAGUCUCAAUAAUUAAUGAACAGAGAGCUGAGGCGUCAUAUAAAACAAUCGUGUCACGAUGAAGUUUGAAAUAAGAGCUUUCUGCUGAGGAGAAGCUGUCCAGGGCACCUCUGUGGAGAGACAGGAUGGGGCUGCUGUUUAAAUCAGAUGUGACAAGGUGCUAAAUACACAAACUCCAGGAUUUACAUUAGAAAACAGAAAAAUAGGGUAAAAAUGAGGCAGAGAAAGUGGUUUAGAUUGGAAAAAAAUAUGCCAGGCAAUCAAGAGGACAGGCAAAAAAUAAAACACAGGGUAAAAAUUGGCAAGAAAGCAAACAGAACAGAAAAAGACACAGGGUGAUUAAGAUUUUAAAACUGAAAACUAUCAGGAAAGUCAAAUUGUGAAAAAAAGAGAAAAAAGGGGGGGCAAAAAAUAAAGCAGAAUAUGGGAAGUAAAACAGCCAAAAAUAUGACUGAAUUUUUAAAAUAGCAAACAACACAUUAAAAACAAAGUAUAAAAAAGCGAGAGAGGAAAAAAAAAAAGGGCAAAAAAGAUAUAUGAAAUAAAAAAUACAUAAGGACGGGGAAAUGAAAACAGAAAAAAUACACAGGGGAAAAAAGUUUAAAAAUAGCAACAAAAAAGAAAUACAGGGAAAAAAAGGAAAACUUCAAGGAAAAAAUAGUUUAAAAAUAUUUUUAAAAAUGUAAAUGAUAUGAGUGAUAUGAAUCACUAGAAGAAUAAAACCUUUAAACACCAUGGUAACACCACGGUUUGUCAAACUUAUACAACAAUAAGAUUACACUAAUAUACAAGCUUAUAAAAGUGAACAUGUAAAAAUAGUAACAUAAGGAUGCAUAUGUGUAUCCUCACUUUGAUCCACAUAUUAUUAAGACUAUAAACCCCUACUUUGAUAACUUGUUAAAUGCAGAUAUUAACUGUAAAGCUAAAGUAAAAUAAAAGAAUGUCUAUUUGUGAUUCACUAAUGGGUUUGUGUGUGCUACGUGUUUCCAGGUGGGGGACGCCAGUGUUGGCAGAGAGACUGACCCCUCAGUGCCGAGCAAAGAGGACAUCCCCACCUUUGAUGAGUGGAAGAAACAGGUCAUGGAGGUGGAGAAGGAGAAAAGUGAGUGCAUGAAUAAUUUAAACACACAUACUGGGCCUGAUUUACUGAAGCUUUGUGUGUUUAAAGACAUGUGCAAACCUCAGAGCAUCUGCAAACAAACAUGCAAGCUGAUCUAAUAACAAAGUAACACAAUGAAUAUGCAAUAUGUGGCGUUUUUACCACCGUGUGCAAAACACUGGGAGGAGAAAAUGCAAAGAAGUUGAUUUAACACACGCUUUGUGAUUUACGAAGACUGAAGAUAUAUUUACUGCGUGCACAAACAGAAGGAGUGUGUCUGCACACAGGGCGAGUGCACUGCUCCAUGAGGCAGUUUUGAAAGCUGGAUCACUCCGAGACUUCCUGAUGACAUUAAUCUGACUCUGUGACACCGGCUCAGUCACAGCUCUGAGUCUGCAGACAAAAGAUGCCUUCACAUCAGCUUUAAUCUGCAUCUCGUCUUUUUCCUCUUUGUCCUCCUCUCUCUGAGUUAUUCUCUGCAUUGUUACUCCACUCUUCCUCCUCUUUAGCUUCCUUCCUCAUGGUCUAUUUCUGUCUCUCUGUGCACGCCAUCGUGUGCGGUGGUCAGCGGAGCGUGUUCGCGCGGGGGUGUUAUGUAAUCUCUCUGACUUGUUCCUCUCAGCCGUCACGCUCUCAUUUUUCGGCUGUCUAUAACGUAACAUCUCUCUCUCACUCUCUCUCUGUGCAGGUCAGUCCCUCCACACCCUGACCACUGGCACCCUCCACCCUGCGAAGAAGGUCCAGAAAAACUUCAAGAAUAACUACGCCUCAGUAGAGUGUGGUGCCAAGAUACUGUCUGCCAACAGUGAGGCCAAGGUCAGACACACAACACCUCGCUUUCACACAUGAACUCACACUCACACACACUCAUAGCAGAGGACACAGAUAACACAUGGCUAACAACUGCGUUCAAGGAGAUCUUUGAGGGUGCGAAGUGAGAGCAUGUUUGUACAAACACACUCUCAGAGUCCUGAUCUUCUCUGUGCUUUUUCACAACUUUUGGACUCGACUCUGUUUGAAAAACAACCAAAGAAAGUGAUGCUCAUGUAUCGUCGCUCUCAUCAGCUCCCUUCAGCUCCCUUCAGCUCAAAAAUGAGGUCCACCAAUAAUAAAACACGACUUUGCAACACAAAAGCGAAUCACAUGGAUGAUCAUUCAAAUUAGAGGUGCACGGCUAAUGUAAGGCUGAUAAAUCAAGUCUUUUGCAUGUUGCUGGAAAACAGGAGCUUUUGGAUCAUGUGCAACAGGGUCCGGACAAACAAAAAGUCUUGAAACAAUGGUCUUUACUGCUCGAUAAGAGACUAAAUAACUUCUUAUAGAUUCAUGUUCACUCAGUGUCAUUGUUGUGUCUCUCCUUCAGAGCACUUCAGCUAUCCUCAUGGAGAACAUGGACCUGUACAUGCUGAAUCCCUGCAGCAACAAAAUCUGGUGAGUUCACCGACACACACACAGGACAAAUCCAGACGUGAAUGUAAAUAGUUUAUUUUUGACUAAACAUUGUCUGUUUGUCUCUCCUCAGGUUUGUGAUCGAGCUCUGUGAGCCGAUUCAAGUCAAGCAGCUGGACAUCGCCAACUUUGAGCUCUUCUCUUCAACACCCAAAGACUUUUUAGUUUCCCUCAGUGACAGGUACGCCCGCUCCCUCUGAAGCCGUCUGUGUGUCUAAAGUGUACGGUUCUGACUUUUAUCUGAUUGGAUGAGCUUUGGUGUCUCCAGUAGAGCUGUUAGAAUAACAUUCAGGGUUCAAAUAUUAUUCACACAGUAAAAAAACCUCAUCGGUAAUUAAAUCCUGAAAUCACAAUUCAAGCCGUGUUUCCUUCCAGCGUUACUUUGAGGUUGCAAAAUAUUUCAUUACUGUUAUUUCUGUGACAUUUAAUCAUUUAAUUUUAGAGGCAUGCACGUUAUUGAGUUUCACCGGACUGGGAUCUCCUCUUAUCUCAUAUGUUCCUGCCCGGGGCCAGGAUUAUUAAUGCUUCACACACACACAACAAAAGCUGGAUUUUCAUUUUAGCCAGCAUGGAGUCAGAGAGCCAGCGAGAAUCCAGCAAAUAAAAGACUCGCCCAUUUUUAUCCCAAGCUGAGCAGCCAAAACAGACCGUUAGUCGACCUUGUAUGAAGAAUGUUUGUGUCUACCACUGCAGAAAACUGCCCGGACAUGAGAUAUGAAUCACUGCUACGCUGUCUGGAUGCUUUUCAAAGCAAAAGUCUGAUCCACUUUCUGUACACAGUGUCUGCCCUGGUUUUCACACGGUGCUUUUAUUCUGAAUUUGUGUCCUUGACCUUUUUUUAACAUAUAAGAUUGCAUUAAGUCUUUUGUAAGAUCUUUUCCAGGCAAUUUAGCUUUUAAUGGAUCAGACAGCUGAAGAAAGACAGGAAAUGCAGGGAGUAGAGAAUGAAGGAAGACACGUAGCAAAAGGUUGAAUCAGCGACCAAUGCCAUAAGGACUAUAGCAUCUGUAAAUGGGGUGCACUAAGACUGCAAGGCCAUCAGUGCUCCUUCACAAAACCUGAUGGUAAAAAUGUAAACGAUGAGAAAUGAGAGGUCGAGAUUCCAGAAGUAUGUCUGUUUGAAAUAUGAAAUAUAUAAAAUGAUAAUUUCAGUCAUCUCAUACAUACAAAAUUCUAGUAAAUCAGUUUUUGCUCAUCUUAAGCUGUUAUUAGGGGGGGGGGCAGUUUUUUCUUUUAAGGAGGUGUUAAUGGUUUUUGAGGCCCUCCUCAUGAGUCUUCCUCCUCUGGUCUUCCCAGCUCUAACUUUAGCCCGGUCAGAGCUGCUUGUUGUCUUUGUUUUGAGUUUCACCAUCAUGAUUUAUUUCCAGCCCCAUCUCGCACCACAACUCAUAAAUUCCCCCCUUCGGAAUGCAAGGACAAACCUCGAGUCACACGUAGCAGAGCGGCAUUUACACCCAGCCUCAGAGAGCACACCAAAUGUUGUCUCAUACACACACUUGUUUCUGACUGCUCUCUGGUUGUGUCUGCAGAUAUCCGACCAAUAAGUGGGUGAAGCUGGGGACCUUCCAUGCCAGAGAUGAGCGCAUAGUCCAGAGUUUUCCCCUGGAUGAGCAGCUGUAUGCUAAAUAUGUGAAGGUACUUUUUCCCUUUGUAAAAGUCAAUGAGAAGUAAGAAGUUCACUACUGUCUGAAGCAGAGCAAAGAGAACAGUUCAGUUUUUCAUCUCCAGCUUAUUACACAGCUUACACAGACUUGAGAUCAUACCUACUGAGUGUGUGAGGCUCUCAUGACUUCUCCCUCUGACUCUGUGUAUUAUGAGGGUGUGUGUUUAUGACAGAGUUUCUUUUAAUCUAUGGGGCAGGUCCUCCUUACUGUGGGGGUGAGUUCAUUUCAGACUCAGGCUGUUCCCGUUCUGUCAGGAAAUUCAAUCAUCAGCAUGAAGGAUUAUGAGAGUUUGCUCUCUGCCCAAGUUUCCAAAACUUCCUUCUUUUAAUUUAAAAUUGAGACUUACAGAAGUUUAAGGUCUGAAGCUGAAACAGUGAGGCGGUUAUUAACUAUUCCAGUAGUUGACAGCUACCUCAGAAAAUAACUGACAGUUUUCAGCGUUUGUUUUUUCUCCCCCUGAUGUUUUGAUUUAUCCAUUAUCCCUUUCAUUUUAUCUUUUAGUAGAAUAAAGUGCCUCACAUAUUUUCACUUGUAAAAUAAAUGAUGGUGAUGUUUAUAAAGUGUCUCCAUACACAGUUAAAACACACAGGGUAAUCGGGUCGCUUGCAUACCUGCUUUUACACAUACACCCGUAGAGUAAAACAAAUGCCCAAGAGAGAAUUUAAGUGAGGAGCUCUUGUUAGUGCACCACCUAUAUGAGUGUGUAAUUGUAGGCAGUCAUAAAGUUCUAGUCAAACUUUAAAGUUGAUCUCGAAAUUCGCAGAAGUCGUUCAGAUUUUGUCCGGCUCAAACCUCAGUGCUUAGUAUCUUUGUUUGCCAAUUCAAAUGACUUAAACAUGUCCGAUGGCCUCUGCACCGCCCCUUUCAGUAGAAUGCAGCCCUGCAUGUGAAAGAGGUCACAUAGAGAGAUUGAAGGGAGUUUCAGCAGCAGAAACACUUUACAGACUCUUGACUUAGUUUUUAUUGGUUUAUUUAGCUCAGGUUGGUGAGAACGCCUAGAUUUUAAUAAACUCCUCAAUAUUCUACAAUUUACUUUUUAAUCAAUUUCACAUCAAAUUCGUGAAUGUGUUUCUGCAUCAUUGAAAUCAACACCAUAUGACUCCGGAGGGCUGGGCGAUAUGGCCUCAAAUAAAUAUCACGAUAUAUCGAGCAGUUCACCCCGAUAACAGUAAAAGGACAAUAACUACUCCACAAGCUGCUCACCCCCUCCGACAUUAACUCUGUCUACUUCAGCUGCCGCUCCAGCUGCUACAACUUUUGAACCAGCGUCGGACAGCGUCUUAAAGGGACAUGAGACCAUAGCCUACCUACACACAUCCAAAACCAACUCUUAUGUAUUUAUUUUUUAGACACCGAAUAUACCAGUAUGGGAAAAAUGACGUUGGUUAUUGUCGUAAAUCUUGGUAUCUGUAAAUUUUUGGUUUAUUCCCCAGCCCUAUGACUCAGUUAGGUGCAGUAUGUGCGAUACGUGACAAAAUCUGCUGUAAGAGGCCCACAAAUUUAGCUUUUCCACUAACAGUCAGUGAUUUUUAACUGUUGUUUUCAGUGUUUUAGUGACGGUUGAUUCUGUGGAGUGUUUGUUCUCUGCAGGUUUCAGUUUUUAAUCAGGUCAAAUUCAUGUGAACCAGUUCAAGUAUGACACGUUUCUGUUUUUCUGAGCUGUGUCUAUCUUUUUUUUCUUCUGCUCACUUCAUUUCCCUGUCAUUCAACUGUAGAUUAUCUCUCUGAUGGUUUCCUUUUCAUGAUGCCAGCGUGGGCGCUAACAUGUGGGAGCUUGCUGUGAAUCACAGGCUCCGUUAUGAAAUUACUGCAGUGCUUUUAUUACAUAAACUGAUUUUAUUUUGAAAGGUGAAGCUCUGAUCUAAACUGCAGUAAACAGUUUUUAUAUUUAGCCCUCUGUUUGUUCGUCCGUCUGUCUAUUUUCUGUCCUUCCCUCCAGCUACUGAUAGAAACCUCUCCGCAGUAUCCUGUUGAUUGUAACACAGCAGUACACUUCAGCUGUGCGCAUGCAUGUGUGUGCGUUUGUGUGUGUGUGUGUGUUUGUUGGACUGUAUCUACAGCCUGACCUGCUUACAGCUUGAAUCUGUCUUCACUGAUCUCUGUCUCUUGUUUUUUCUCUCUCUUUCUCUCUCUUCCUGUCUUCCUCUUGCAUCAGAUGUUCAUCAAGUACAUAAAGGUUAGCACUCUCCUCUCUCUGUCAGAGGUUCAUUUUAUCAACUUUAAUAAGGGUGUGUGUGUGGGGUGAGCUUUGCCUGAGUCUAAUCCAUAAUGCAUGUGAACCACGUGUAAUGAGUAGAGCACAGAGCACUCACAUCCCUUUACAAACAGCCGGGCAUUUUGAAUGGUCUUCUUCAGGUGUUUGGUGGAUUGUGGGUUUAUGGAGUGGGUACACAUGCACUGAUUUGUGUCACUGUGUUCAAGUUCCGUUUUAGAGUUUGUCUGUUUUCUUCUGCAGGUUGAACUUCUCUCUCACUUUGGAUCCGAACAUUUCUGUCCACUCAGUCUCAUCAGGUAAAAACUCCUCUCAGUUCCACCCGCUGAUCCGGUUAUCAGCGGAGUCUUGACCAGCAUGUAACAGUCCUGGAUGUCCAGAAAGUUUUCAUAACUAAGUGUGUGUGUGAAUGUGUGUGUUUGUGCAGGGUGUUUGGUACGAGCAUGGUGGAGGAGUACGAGGAGAUUGCAGAUUCUCAGUACCCCUCAGAGAGACUGGAGUACCUGGAUGAAGACUACGGUAAGACCAGGAUCUGAUCACAGCUUUACUCAGAUUCACCUGCGAACAAAAACAUUUUCAGGAAUGCACUCCUGAAAUUUUCCAACACUUCCCACCUAAUGUGAAGUUUUAUCUUUUAAACAUGAGAGGACGUGACCUUAAAAGCAUGCUGAGGCACAGUUCCUGUGUGUACAAGACAUCCGGUACAUUCAGUAAAGCAGAGCCUCUCUCCACGGUGACAGUUUUUGUGUUUCUUAUAAUGCUACCUGUGACAAAUUCAGUGACUGAGUGGAAAAGCAGAAAAAAAAGGUUGAAGCAGCUUCACCUGGAGCAUCAAGAUUGCAUUGGUUGCAUCCUGCCCUCCUGCAGAUAUUUUAGCACAGAGCUUACAGAGAAACUUCUGGGUAAAGUCAGCCAUCAGCAUCCACACAUACAGCUAAAUUACCUUACCUGUAAAUACUGUUCGAUUUAGUGUUUUUAGUCUAAAUGAUCAGCUGCAUCUUGAACAUGGGCACACUCCCUUUACUUGUAUAAAAGGCAUGUUUGACUCUGAGGAAGCAAAAGUUUGAGAUGGAAGCAACACAAAUGCCUCAUCUAUCCUCUUUCACUAACUUAUCCAUAAAUAAUCAAAGAAACACCAAACCUCUGCAGUCUUGGGGAUUCUGCACUGUGCAUCUCACUGCUUCCUGCCUUUGGUACAUAAGGUAGUCCACUUUGCUUUCACACCUCAAAUGAAACGUCUCAAAGCUAAUAUCUGUCUGUACAAGUGGACCAGAGUUCACCCGGUUGGUCCUCACUAGAGUCUGAAUGAAGUUUCAGGCCACUCCAAAUUAACCAAACUCUCUGUGGAAAGGACCAGGGUUAAAACAGCUUCGGUGUGAAACGACCACAUAUUCUGGAUAUCGUGUAGCUUGUUUGCAGACAACCGCGUUAAAAGACAGUCAUGUGACUGGCUUUGACUGGAAAUAUCAGACCUCUUCAUCAGCGAAGUGUGCUGGCGAAAUCCUUCCAAAAGAAAACAGUUUGUUUACUGAAUGUUUGUGUGCAUUUUAAAAGUGGGGGUAUCAUGUCUUUUGCUUAACGUGACCUUCUUCUCUUUAGACUAUCCUCCAGGAUACCAACCGUCUGAAGACAAGGCCUCCAAAAACCUGCUGGGCUCGGCAACCAGUACGUACACACACACACACACACUACGGUCAUACGUUGAGAAUUGAUGAUUAAAACUCUGUGGGUGUUAAAUUCCCUAAUGAUUUCUGUCGUCUUGAGUGGGUUAGAUAUUAGAGGAACGUAAGAUGAAAAUCAAAAUUAUAUUUAGAUGAGACAAAAGAAACCGAACCUGCUGUGAUUGGUCAGUAUCCUGAGAUGACUUUGAUUAUUCGAGGCUAUAAAAAUAACUGAUUGAUGUAAGAAUAUAUUCUCAAAUCCUGUAAGAGGCAGAAAAAGAAAAAACAAAAACAUAAAAUGACAAAAGUUUAACACAAAAGGAGUGAAAGACAUUAAAGAAGCUGAAUAACAAAAGCGCUCUGUUUAGAACGACAUGCUGAGGAGUGGUUGUGUAAUCAGCUAAAUUAGAAACAGAUGCACAUGAGUCUGAGUUCCUACAAUAAAAGACGUUUUUAAGGGCAGAUUUAAAGGAGGGUACAGACUCAGCUUAUCUGAGAUCCUCUGGCAGGAAGUUUGAGAGAAGGGAGCUCCAACAGAGAACACCUGAACACGAGAUACAGGAACAGUCUGGAAAGUCCUGGCAGAGGAUCUCACUAGUGGACGGUGGUCUGGUGAAGAAGAGCAGAAAUUCUCCGAAGUGUAGGUCCAUGACUACGCUGUGCACACAAAUCUUCAUGGCUCUAAACAUUAAAACCAUCAGAGGAACAGAAAGUGCUCCCUCAGUCUCAGAGAGGCAAAGGAUCAUGGGAGACUGGAGGAAAGCUUUGAGAAAGAUCUGGAAAGGAUAGAAAGAGAGAGGACAGAAAGGUAGUGUGAGGAGAAUCAAGUGAAAGCAGCAUCAGAGAGGAGCCAUGAGGGAAAAUGAAAAUGAAAAGUCCGAGCCCGUGGUUUAUUGAAGCCUGUUUCGCUCCGAGCUGUGGCCUUUCGGCUUUUUUCCAGGAACCUCCAGCUUUUGAAAAUAACUCCACUGUGUUUGUUUGUGUAUUUUUCCUUCAGAUGCAAUCCUCAACAUGGUGAAUAACAUCGCUGCUAACGUGCUGGGCGGAAAGCCAGAGCUGGAGGGAGGAGCAGAGACAGGAGGUACUCAUCACUGUCACACUCACACUUCACCUCCUGCUGUUCACUUCUGUCUCUGUCCUGCUGUAUUUUAGCCAGAUUAAAAUGGUGAGAUCUACAUCUUAGCCCAACCGCGUUUGUGGGACGCUUUCCCGAAACAGUGUUGACUUCUAUGUAUAGAGCUGGAAACACCAGACUAUCUUUUUAUUAUCUCUUUGCUGCUUUUGUUUUUGAGGGGAAGUGAAAGCGCUGUAAAUCUAUGAGACAAAACCCUGACGUACAUUUGGUUUGACUCCCUCUGAGCCACCACACCUCUUCACAUGAAGUGAGACCGGUUUCUUCUGAAAAAAAAACAAUCAUUCAUCAUUUCAUCAUUUCCAGCGCUCGUUAAAACGAAAAACAUUCCCAUAAAAAUUGUUUUGUGUGACUCACCCAUCUGUCAUCGCAGUGUGGCUAAGCUCUGACAGGCUUAAUUGGUCGGCAGCACCACAUUUAUGGUGAUAGUAUACAAUGGUGUAAAUUACUUUAGAUAGGUCUCACAGGUACAGGACGGCACAGGCUCGCAGGAAUCUUUGUGCACUGUUUUGAACAAUGUUUUUGAACAUGAAAACCUCCAUAACUAAACUAGAGUCAAAAAAAGCCAAAACGGGGGUGGCAGACACAUUUAUCAGAUAAGUCCUGAUUCAGAGAUGCUUCACUCUUCCGCUAAACAUCAGAGUCACACGUUUAUAUAAAGGAAAGUUUUUACAAAAACCACAGAGAGGCUGCAGUGACAUUCACCUUCAUUAUGGGGAUGGGGAUGUUAGGUUGUAUUGAUGCUUAUUGAAAAUUUUAUCGACCCUCCUCUUCAUAACACAGAGUAAAAAACAAAGCUAUGUAGUGUUUCCCUCUAUGCUUGUUCUUCUUUCAUUUCAAAGUUAACAUUUUGCCAUCAGCAGACUCCUUGUGUUCACGGUUGGUCUCGUGUUGCUCACAACGCCCCCUUGAUGUGAAGUGUUGCAGCCACAAGUUUCUGAGUGGCACCUUAAAAUUUGAGGAUUAUUCCUACUUACUUGCCUUACACACACGUUCAACCUUGUUGUUUAAAAUACAAAAUGCAUUCGCUGUUUUCUUUGGUCUGUCAGUGCUGGGAGAAAAUAUGUUGGUUGGUGUUGGUUUCUGCUUCUCACAGAGCAGCCUGUGUGUCUGCCUCCAACCUUUGACAUCAUGAUGCAGCAACACCCAAGCGAAAUGAUGUAUGGGAGGAGGGAGGGAGUGGGGUAUUCCAGGAGUGGGUUGCUGCUUUGUAAUGUCACAGAAUGAACAAAUUCAGAUCCUCUGAGAAUGGACUUCAUGAAGAUUUCAGAGGCUUUUACAUUUGCACACUCUCAGUGUAGUUCAGCUGGAGAAUGACUAAAGUUCAGCUCCUUGUAGAGAGGGGGUCAACUUCUCCUCUGCAGCUUCUCUUUCAUGACAUGAAUACCUAUCACAGCUUAGUUCAUGAGUGCUGCAAACACCUAAAUUCUCACUUUAUUUUCUUAAGAAGUCGAUUUUAAACAUUUAAAUACACAGCAGAGCAGAGGAGGACUUGUCUUUUUGUCCCUCUGCUGCGCUGAAUUGAACUCCACAUUAUUCGGCUGUGGUUUUCUUCCCUUUCUCUCUCUCUCCCCCUCUCUCUCUCUCUCUCUCUCUCUCUCUCUCUCUCGAGCUGUUGGUUCAUCUGUCUUCCCACAUGUUGUUUAAAUUACAGUCGUCUUAAACUGGGUCAGAGGCCCAUGCAUAGCGAUCUGUAUGUUCAUGUAUAUAUUUCUGUGCCGAGGGAGCCAGCAGAUUGUUUGGCUUGUGGCUGAAGGCGGCCUGCAGCAGCAGCAGAUCUGUGCUUUCUAUGUUCUCCGCUUUGGCAGGGGGAUGAUGAAUCACAGAAGGAGUGGGGGGGGGUCUAUGACGCAGAGCCUGUUCCUCGACAUGUAACCCCACAGAGAGUCGAUUCAGGGUCCAGUUAAAAGGAAAUUUAGCCUGAUGCACAGAUUUCUCUCCUUUGACUGAAACCACAAGUUUAAAAAAGUUAAAAACACUCAAGCAGAAGCUACAGGAGUCCAAAGAGUCCUCCAGUUUUUACAGUCCCAAAAGUUCUGGUCUGGAUUUACCCCCUCAGAGUGAGCAAGAGAGAGAGAGAGAGACCAGUUCUAACCAGACCAGACUGGUUCACAGUUUUUCUGACUUCCCAAACACGAGCCUUCAACCUCUCUGCUCAGCUCCACACUCCCACAGCCACACAAAUCUGCUGCUGCCGGCCAAGUUAUGCACAAUCUGAACAGUUAUGAGGUGUUAUAAGUCCUGGUGGAGUUUAAUUGUUGUGUGUUUUGUUUGUUUGCAGGAAACAUAACAGCCGAGCGAGGGGAAAAACGGGAGAGCACAGAAGAAACAACGAAGCCAGCAGAACAAGCUCCAGACUCUGCCGUGUAAGACGGAUAUAAGAAAUCAAUAAACGUAUAGAUUUCAAAGCCUCUGACACCAAGAAGGGGGAAAAAAAACGACAUUUUUUCUCCUCCUUUGGUCCAUUAAGACGUGAAAAACAUAUCCUGAAGAGAUUCCUCUGACCAAAGUGUUAUUCAUCUUUUAUAACAGAACCAAAGCAGUGGCUUACAUUGGCUCAGACACCAUAAAAAGGACAUUAAAAGCUAUUAUCCAACUUUUUACUCGUGUUACAUCACUAAUGGCCCAGAAGGGUCUUGGGGAGGUUUUACAUUAAUAGCCUGCCUGCUGUUGGAAAUUAAGUUUAUGUGUCGCCUCAACCACGUAGGAACGUAUAAACUGAUGAUUUGUGUAAUGAAGACAUGAUCUGAUUCUAAAUGUGUCUGAUUUUGGUUUUUACGUAAUUUUUUUACGAUCACCAGAACAAUUUACGCAACACUGAAAUAUAUCAUGAGCCGCAAAAGCACAUUUUUUAAAACACAAAAAUAUGUCGUGCAUUUGACAAAUCAAAUUGAAAUCUUUUUUUAAUCCCUCAGAGGCCUGAGCGGUCUAAAGAGGCUGAUUCUAUGAUAAGUUAAAAUGUAAUUUUCAAAUGUCUGGGACACUGGGUUAUAUAAAGAUGAACUUUUUCCAUUUAACCCAAUCUUGUUGAUUUUAAAACAACAUGUGGACUUCAAGUCAUUCAUCUUUCAAAAUACUUAGAAGGAGAGAAAGAAAGGAAAAGAACAAGAAAGAAAAGGCACAGAUGGAAAACUAUACAUACACAAACAUAUAUAAUUACACAGGGAGAGAAGAAUCAUAGUAACAAUGGGUACAUUUUAAGAGGUGUGUCAGGGUUUAGAGAUAUUUUAGUCAUUUUAGUUCCAUUUGUCCAUAGUCUGUCCUUCAUAUCAAAACAGGACAGAAACAUUUUUGCACUAGUGCCCAACAACACUGAGAGAGCAGAUCAAAUAGGACAAUAGGGGGCACUGAACAUGUGGAAUAUUGUGAACCUGAGUAAACAUGUAUGUCUGGUUAAAAUAGUGAAAUAAAUGACUGUGUAAUAUAUUUGAUUAAAUGCACACGCCAUGGGGCAGUCUUGAAGAGAGAGAGCAAAACGUGAUAUGUUGAAAAGAAGCUGCAGGCUGGAAUUGAGCUCGAUCCAACCUUCAUUCAUUUCCUGCGCUGUCCUUAUUUCUAAAUUAAGGCCUCAAUAGCCCCAAAAUGAUCACUUAAAAAAUGUGCAUGCUCUUCCUACAAAGAAUAACUCAAAACAUCGACUUCUCCAUGUCAAACAAUUCAGGUUUACAUCCAGAACAGCUGUUGCACGAAAUAAGAGAUCUGAAUGCCCUAAAAAAGACCUGAAAUGAAGCUGUUUUCUUCCCCCUCUUCUCUAAAUAACUGUAUCAAAUAUGUUGAUACAUUUGGUGAAAUGUUUUUGAGGCCAUCAUAGUUUAAUAUUUUAUCUUUAAAAAUCAGAAUAAAUCCAAGAGUCCCCUCCUCAAGUGUCUAAAUGAGUCUCUGUGUGUUUCCUGCAGACUUGAUCCUUCACAGCCUCAUCACCCUGAAAUCCCGGAGGACUCGGCUGUCUCAAGUGACCCCACCUCUCGCCCUCCCUCAUCUUCAGACCCCCAGGAGGACAGACAGAUCGUCACCCUGGUGGAGGAAGAGGAAGAGGAGGAGGAGGAGCCGAGGCAGUCUACUGUCACCCUGAUGGAGGAGGAGUUAGAGGAGGAGGAGGAGGAAGAGAAGAGGGAGGAGGACUCGAGGAGGACAGCAGACAGGAACGUGUGGGAGAGUCGGACCUACUGUCCCUUCUCCUCCUUCUCUCUGUCCUGCAUGGCCACGCUCCCCGAGCUGCUACACCGCUGGUGCUCCGCCCGCCUCGCCAAGGAGCGACUGCGCAGCCUGAAAAGGAAGCAGCUGAGCGUCCACACGCAGACACACACCCCCUCCGUCACACACAUACCACCUCCGAUCCUCGCUCCUGUCCCCACCCCCCCGAAAGAAGCCCCUCCCCCUGCAGAAGCAGCUCCAGAGCCUGAAGUUCCUGUUCAGGAUCAGAAUGAGGAGGUGGACACGCACACCCCUGACACACACACUCCGGAGCUUGUCAUCCUCCUGGAGCCCAGCAGGACCUCCUCCCUCCCCUCACAGAGCUUCUCUGACUCCCACGGCCUCACUUGGCCCACACCCACUCAAGAGGAGAAGCUGCUGCCCCCAAUCAAAGAUGCAGCCCUGGACCCUGUCCCCACUCCCCCCCUGCAGGACUCGAUCCCAGAAACCCGGGCGGCCAACAACGUCGCCCCCACCUCUACUGUCAUUGCCCCCCCUCAGCCCGCACCCACAGACAUACCUGUACCUGUCCUGGUGGUGGUCCCCCCUGUGAAGGAGCAGCCGGUCCAGCCCCUUCCCACUGUAACCAGACCUGAAGACCUUAUUCCCCCUCCCACUGAGCUGCCAGCCCCUCCCCCUCAGACUGACCACCCCACAGAGUCAGUAAAAACAGAGGGUGGGGACCCACAGACUCAUGGGGAGCAAGUGGACCCCCUCUCUCAGACAGGUGACACCCCUCGGGUGGAGGAUCCUGUGGAGGAGGACCUGCUGAGCUCAAACGGGAACAUCCACCGCACAGCGACGGACUUCUACGCAGAGCUGCAGAACGGGGGCGAUUACAACGGGGGAGGGCUGAACGGGAACGGCGUGCUUUUGAACGGGGCGGCGGUGCAUGGCUCCAGCCAGAAGGAGAGCGUCUUCAUGAGACUCAACAACCGGAUCAAAGCUCUGGAGAUGAACAUGAGCCUGUCCAGCAGAUACCUGGAGGAGCUCAGCCAGAGGUAAACCCAGAGACCAGCAGACAAAGAGUUCAAACCAGAGUUCAAACUUCUGAGCUGCAAAAGUUACAAAUAGAGAUGAUAAUCACUGAUGAUGAAACGUUUAACUGUGUAUCACACUGUAGACCUCUUGGCUGAGAGAACAAUCAUUUUAACUAAUGACCCAGGAACCUCAUGAAGCUGCUUUCAAAACUCAAUGUGGUCUUUUUCUGUUCAGUGCAAACCUUUACUACUACCCAAGCGUGCAUGAGUCUCCGGUUUUGUCUGCAGACCCCUUCAAGUGUCUUUUUUUGUUGUUGUCAUCUUGAGUCUUAAAUAUCCGCACUCACCCCACUUCGAUUAUUCAGGCACCUUUGACUGUUGAUUUUUUCUGGAGGAGCAUAUAUCAUGGAUGUGCACGAGUUGGCAUCCAGCAUUAGGUUACAAGGUUAAAGGUUGUUACACAAGGUUACAGCUGACCUGCAUCUAUUUAUAUAUAUAGAUAUAGAUAUAUAUAUAUAUACAUAGAUAUAGAUAUAUAGAUAUAGAUGUAUAGAUAUAGAUAUAUAUAUAGAUAUAGAUAGAUAUAUAUAGAUAUAGAUAUAUAUAGAUAUAUAUAUACACAUAAUAAACAAGCUAAAACUUAGGUUACAUAAAUAGAUGUAAAUUUGUGGCUCUUUAUUGAUUCCUGAAGCACUUACCUGGUCGUUUAUGUCUAGAUCUGUAUCUUUGGCACAUGUAAGUUGUGAACUUAGAGACUGAGGAUCUUAUGUUUGUUGAUUUCAGAAGUUUAUCCUCUGACAUGCCGUAAAAACACAUGCAAACUAUUGGAGAAUCCUCUGUUCUGUUUUGUGGCUUUCUUUGCAAGCUGGUUUUGCUUCCGACUGAUGUAAAACUGCAAAUAUUUGACAAGCAGAGUUAAAGUGAUGCCACCUGCUGUCUUCAGAAAGUGGUUCACUUUGCUGAAACUUUUCCUUAAAUUUUUGGAAAAUCUCUGAGUUUGCCAUGAGAGCUCAUCUCUUUGACUGCAGAUUUGGAGAGGUUACAAAAAAUCACCACCUCAAUUCAGAACAUCAUUGCAGUGGGUCUGACAGGCUGACUUUUGCAUUUUGUUUCACCAGGUACCGUAAACAGAUGGAGGAGAUGCAGAGAGCGUUCAACAAAACCAUCAUCAAGCUGCAGAACACUUCCCGCAUCGCCGAGGAGCAGGUCAGUUUACACCAGACAGAGCGAGACGAGUCUGAAUACAAACAGGAAACAGUCCUGUGAGUGUGUGUGUGUUUGUGUGUGUUUGCUCACUUCAACUGAUGGAUGUUAAACUGAUUUGUUUGAUCAGGAUCAGAAACAAACUGACUCCAUCCAGAUCCUGCAGAGCCAGCUGGAGAACGUCACCAAACUGAUGCUGAACCUCACUGCAACAGUCAGCCAGCUGCAGAGAGAGGUAACACACCUAACAGACACACACCUACAAGCUGCUGGCAUCACUGUCACAUGACCAAACCGCUCUGAAACACACUUAAACAUUCAAAUGUAGCUGAUUAGCCACUGUCUUUUCAUGGGCAGAAACUGGAAAGUACAAACAGCAUGAGUUUAUUUCCACCUCAGCUUGAUAUCAGAGGAACAACUCUCUCAUCAGAUUUUCUCUUUUCAUGUGUAACACAAACAGAAUCAGAAACAUGUCACACUGUGUUUCCUUAGAGUCCAAACUGAGCUCAGAUACGAGGCUUUUUUGAGUCAUGUGAUCUGAUUGAGAAGAGGCUGAGCAGCAAAACUAAAACGGAACAGAAACACUGUCCAGACUAAUCAUAAUCAUACUGACUCUGGACUGAUAUCUGAUCUAUAUUUUCAUAUGUGAAGCAGGGAGAUUUGUUCAGAAUCAGUCCAUGAGCUGGUGGCAAUAAAGUGAGCUGAACUUUGGACAGUUUGCUCACAGACUGAGAGAAAAAACAUGCAGAAAGAUGUAGAGAGCAAACAGAUCAAUAGUCCUAAAUAUGUCUGCGAGACUUUCUCAGAAUCAUGUUGUUGAAACAAGCCGACUCUCCAUAACUCUGAACAUCGUGUUCAUUGACGGUGAGUGUCAGUGCAGCUGCUGACCCCGGGACGGACUUAAAGAAACAUAAACAUGACCUGAGUGUGAAGGUUUGUGAAGACAUAUAGAACAGAGUGUUCAGACACAUCAGGAACAGCACUCUCUUAAAAAAAAAAGGCUUCAGAGUCCUAAAGGACAAGAUCCACUUCCUUAAUUUUACUUUCUGAUCCACUUUAGAGCUGAUCUGAGAAACAGAAUCUGUCAGUGGGAGACAGUCGGUCAAAGUGUUAUAGCUUAAAACUAGAGUGGUACAAAACUGCAUCCUCAAACAGGAAAGAAGACACCCUUCUAAAACUCUCAAAGUGAAAAUAACGUACAAACCCGAGCCUCAGCAUGCUGUAUUUUGAGUUUUCAGUUACUUACAAGGUAUUAAAAAAUUGCAUCAGUUUGAGGCUGCUAAACAAGCUGUUAGGUUCUCCUCCUUUUCAACACUAACUGCAGGGUGUCUACAUCUUUUUUCAACUGAGCAGUUUUGAUUUUAAAUCAGGGAUGCUCAAAUAAUCCAGAUUUUUUUUUAAUCUACACUAGAUAGAAGUUCUUCACAGCAGCUCUUGACAUCCUUGACUCUGAUCUCUGAAGUUGUUCAUGAGCUGAUUUUCAGUCUGUUUGCUGUCGUCUUCUUCAGGUGUCGGACCGUCAGAGCUACCUGGUGGUCUCCCUGGUUCUCUGUCUGUUCCUGGGGGUCCUGCUGUGUCUGCAGUGCUGCCGCAGCUCCUCUCCAAACACCAACACCAACACCGCUGCCCUGCCCAAGAGCAACCACUACCCCAGCCCGAAGAGGUCUCUCACUCACCCACACACACACACACAUACACUUAAAUAUACACACACCAUAAAGAACAUAACAGGACAUAUUCAACUUUGUGAAUCAUAUUUUUUUACCAACACAAGUUUCAUUUCUCCGCUCAGGUGUUUCUCCUCAUAUGACGACAUGAGCCUGAAGCGCAGGGUGGCCUGUCCGCUUGUUCGCUCCAAGUCCUUCCACCUGUCCUCUACAGAAGGUAAGAGCCCCGCCUCCUUAACACACAUACAAACACAAACACACACCUAAGUCUCUCUAGAGCCCUGUGUCCUCGGCUUCCCUCUCCUCUCUGUUUCUCCCUCUGUCUGUCGGUUUCUCUCUCCUCUCUGUUUCUCCUUUAGACCUCGCUGUAAAUCACACACACACUUCUUCUUCUGGCAACACUGAUGAGCUCACCAGUCUUGGAGGAUGUCACAGACAUGACACAGAACUGAGGUCAUUUAAAAUGGCAACUUUCUGACUUAAAGAAACACUAAAAAAUCAAGAAUAAAAAUCGUGGUUUGACUUUGAAUGACUUUAGAUUUGUGUCAUGUCUGUGACAUCCUCCAGGACUGGUGAUCCCAUCAUUUUUUUUUCCAGGGGUUGUAUAAGUUCUGUCCACUUCUUCUCUGCUGUUUCUUGUCACACACACACACACACAAACAAACACACAGCAUGCUCAGAGGGUGGUGCGUGCGUGUAUGUGUGUGAGUGUGCCGCUGUUGCUUCAAGCAGCUCGAGUCCUCAGGAGGCGUCUGCUGCUGCAAACACCGAAAGAAAGAAAAUCUUUGACUCAUGAAACCUGAAACUCCCCCUGCUGAUCAUUAUCCCCCAGUUGUGUGAGUGUGUGUGUGUGCGUGUGUAUGUGUGCGUGCCCUUGAGAGGCUGUCAUUGCCAGCUUGUGUGCACAUGCAGGCUGAAGGAGUAUAAUAAUAGAGCAUGUCGGUGCUUCGCUGGCUCUGAGACAUUUGCAAGUAGUGAUCUUCGGCUGAAUCAUUCCUCUCCUGUGUGGUUUUACUCUCAUGUGUUCAUCUCAUCCACAACCGCAGCUAUAAAACAUGUUUUUGUGUAUCUUUUGAUAAAACUACUUGCAAGGUCACUUCAUGCUUGUGACAUGUAUGUUUUCUUGUUUGCCAUUCCAUCAUUAACCUCCCCCUCUCUCCCCUCCCCAGUAGGUCCAGAUGACUUGUACAUUGUAGAACCUCUAAGGUUUUCUCCAGAGAAAAAGGUACAGUGUCUGCUCCACCUGCUGCUGUUGGCUGUCAGGCCGCUCUGUCUGUCUGUCCGUCUGUUUGUUUGUUUGUCUGUCUGUUUGUAGGCCUGUCUGAUGAGUGUGGUAGACAUUUAGAUCUGUGGGGUAGCUCAGAUUGACUCCACAUACCCGCACAUGCAUGAGAACAUGGUGGCAUGCUAAACUGUGGAUCUGAGUCACAGCACAGGAUCAGGAUCACUUAAAGAUAUUGUUUUAUUUCAGAGCUGCACAAUUUAGACCAAAACCAUGACCUGGAUUACUUUGAUCCAUAAAAGGAGCAGGAUUGUGCUUUCAUCUUUUUAGAUGUCUCUGCAUCCAGAUAACUCUGACUUUAGCUCACAGUGCAUCUCCUACAUCAAGGCAGGCCGUUGAGUGUCCUGAUAAUGACGCUGAAUGUGAUGUUUUUAUAUAUUUCUUCAUCUUGUAUUCAAGAUUUGGCAAUUAACCAGGAUCUGUUGCAAAAGCAGACCAGGUUGCUUGGCUACAAAGCGAGUGUACCCCUCAUAAUUUAAGGUUAAAUGACUCUAAUGAAAGAGACAUGGGGUCUGCACAAAAGUAGGACAUGUUACCUGAGAGGAGAGGCAGAGCUGUGGUAACUUUCUUGAGAAUCUUAUUCCAAAUGCAGCAGAGUAAGCAGCGGUAUAAAUAAUGACAUCAGUGUUCAGUUAACUGUGCAGCUCUGCUCCCUUCAGUGGAAUAGUUUGAAAGGUUUUGUUUCUUCCAGUCAUUUCUCUCAGUCUUUCCCUUCUUUGACCCGUUUGUGUGAAUUCAUCGUCCUUGUAAAAACAUCUUUAAUCUGUUUCUACGUUUUCAGAUCCUUCUCAUGUUUCUCUACAUGUUUUGAUCGCCCUCCCUCCUCUCUCUCUCUGCAGAAAAAACGCUGCAAAACAAAAUCUUUGGACAAAGUUGAGGUCCUGCUCACUAACGGGGGGCCGAAGUGUAACGGCUUCCAGCCGUGCCUCCCUGAACCUCCACCUGCGCCGCCCCCUCCUUCUCCUCCUCCUCCUCCUCUCCCUCCUGUCAUCCCCCUGCCUCCCCCUCCCUCUGCAGAAGAGGUGACAUCCCUGCCUCUGUCAGAGACCAGCAGCUGCAGCUCCUCCACGCACUCGGAGGAGUCCUUCACGAGCCGCCUUCCCCCUCCCUCCCCCAGCUUCCCCUCUGCCGGCCUUUGCAACGGCCAUGCCCUCCCCUUCCAACUCCAGCCCCCUCUCAACAAGUCCCGUCAGGAGAAGCGCUCGAUGAAGAGGAGGAAGUCCCGGCAGACGGAGCUGCAGUUCCCCUCUGUGCCGGUGGGUCGUGUGGGGACUCUGCCCAGCCUGCAGCAGCUGAUGAAGGGAAACAAGGAGCUGAACGUGGGGACCAUUGGGGUGACCGCCGUCACCGGACACGUUUAAACACACACACACUCACUCUCUUUACAGUAGCAGACUUGUGUAGGAAGGAGAUGAGGUCUUACUGCAUCCCAAAGAACCACAUUUCCCAUGAGCACCCAGGUGCGCCGCAGAGCUGCAGCAGAGCAUCCUCCGGUCCUCGCCUCCCUCCCUCCCUCCCUCCCUCCUCAGAGACCUGUUUACGGUUACGUGCCUUUUUAGAGCUGAACUCAUGAAUCUAACGUGACAAUGACGAUGGACUCACAGACUCCAGGAGUUAGUCUGAUCCCACAGUCUUUGUUUUUUUUUUUUUAACUGGAGAAGCACAUUUGCCCUGAUAGGUGAGCAUCAGUGAGCAUGAACCCCUCCCCCUUCUGAGCACAGAGAGCAGAGGCCCCGCCCCCCUGCCCUUCGCUCUUCUCCUGCAGGAACAUCAUGAAGAAUUCAGCUGCUCUGUGGACCAAAAGCAGAGCAGAUCCUCCUCUUUUCCUCUUUUUACUUUUUUUCUGUCGACAUUCAUCUUCUCUGACUUUGUGUCACAUCCUGACACAACUGCAGGAGUUUGAUUGUUUGGGACCAGAGUGUUUAACCUCCAUUAUGCCUCAGCCUCUCUCUCUCUCUUUCUCUUUCUCUCCUUUCUCUUCUCUUUGUCUCUCUCUUUCUCUGUCGACGUGUGUCAAACCAGACACCUGAGCUGAAUGAAGAAUCUUCUGCGUGUGUGUGUGAAGGUGUGAGUCCUUUCACUUUGGUUUUCUGUUUAACCUCAAAUGGCAGACUCAGACACGGCAGUUUGAAGAUCCUCAGAGUUCAGGAUAGUUUGGGCUGGGCCCGCAAAGCUCACACACACUCACACACACUCACACACACACACACACACACUGAGGCAUGCAUAAAAAGUCUGUUACAGGAGGAAAUGUGUCAGUGUGGAGGUGAUCGGGCUGCAGGCAAACUCCAGGCGUUCGCUCUUUUUUUUUGCUGUUUUUUACUCGUUUUCUUGUUGCAGCAGGUGUGGAGUUAGAGGUUCACUGUACUGUAGGAGCACGUUAGAUGGCAGAGCUGAAUGUUUACACACUUGCACACACACUUACACACAAACACACUUGUAUUAUAGACUCCUGUGACGCUGCAGCUGAGUCUGACAGAGCGGUUUUAUUUAUCUAUUUAUUUAUUUAAAGCUGACAGAUUUUUGUACGUGAGGCUUCGGUCCGUCAGUCUGCAGCCUGCAGAGUCACAGCGAGUCCAGAAUGAGUUGCACAGAAUAUUACGGCGUGUACGCACACAGUAAAGUCUCGUUUCUUCUUCUUCUUCUUCGACUGUCUCUGAGCCUGGAGUGGGUUUGCCUCAGCCUCAGGUGUCACACAGGUGUGAUCUGAGUCACUCCUCCUGCAGCAGCUGCUUUCAAAGCAGAUUCAGAGAGCUGGUCAGGAUCCUCCCGCUGCUGUGUCUGUGUCUGCUCGAAGCUGCUAGUGGAAAGGGCUCCACAGAGUCCUUUUCUGUAUUGACUGAUCGAAACUCGUCCUGUUGGUCACAUGACUGACCUGUUCGGAGGGAAGUUUGAGCCCACAGACGUGAACACAGGGCUUGAACUUUAGAUUUUUAACCGAGUGAAUGUUUCCUGUGAGUGUUCAGUUUCUGAGCGGCUCUGCGUGUUUGUUUUUGCUCAUUCUUGACAGAGAAAGACAAUCUUCAUCACCUCUCUCAGCUCCUCCUCCUCCUCUAACACGCCUGCUUCUUUUAACCGCUCUGGCAGCCUGAGCUCUCUGUGCGCCCCCACGCUCACUCUUUUAUUCACUUGUUAUGACCCUACAUGCCCCGCCCCCUCCCUGGCGAAUGAUUUUAAAGCGAAGGAUGUGAAGGAUGUUGAUGGAUAAAGGGAACGAGCAGACGGAUAAUUUCAAACACUAUAAUGUGAUUCUGUUUGUUCCACAGUCGAGUGAAUCGUCGUUUUUUUAGCCUCUGAAUGUGUCUGAUCUUAUGUAUGUAUGUAUGUAUGUGUGUAUGUAUGUGGGGAGGGGUGGGGGGGGGAGGGACUUGUGUGCAUGUUGACCUUUAUGUGUGUGUGUGUGUGUCUAUGUGAGUUUGGAGUAAGACUACUUUGAAUCUACUUAUCCUGUCACACAGUGAGCAGAGGGAGAAACUCUCAGUGUGCACUUUGUAUGACUCCUCAUGCCUUUUUGUUUUUCUACCUUAUAUGUCAAGUGCUUUCUUUUCUUCUCUCUCUCUCUCUCUUUCACUCUCUCUCUUAUCACUCUGAAGAGCUGCACAGGACUCUUGAGCAGGUGUGAGUAACUACAAAACUGUAGUGCCAUUAGAAACUGUGAAUUUCUAAAUAAACCUUUUUUUUUGUUGUCUUUCA